CUCAUAAACAGUAAAGUUUCUGAUAAUUCCCGGGUAUUUUAUUAUCAUUAUUAUGAUUAUGAGCGGCAAACUCAAUCUGCAGGUGUUCUGAUUUAUUUGAAUUUGAAUUCAUUGCAUUGCUCCAUUCUCCAUUCUCCAUCCUCCUUAGUAUACUUGUCUAUAUUCUUACUGCUAAAGAAUAUCUGACAAUUUUUAAAAAUUUUUUCGAAUUCAAACUUGGUGAGUAUUGUUUAGUUUAAGUACCUAAAUGAUUUCGCUAAAAUUUUGGUUCAAAUUAUCAAUUCUGAAUACACAUUUGUAAAGUGUCCGUAUGUAGAGAUAUCUAUUGGUAUUGAUAUGUUUUUUUUUUUGUUUUUGUAUAUCUAGAAGUUACAAUUGCGUAUUACAAUAUUGUGGUUACAGAAUAUUGAAACUUUAAUUGUGAACGCUAUAAAGUAUGAGUGCUUUAAUUAAUCGUCGUAAGCGAAUUCGUGUAAGUUAAAAUAUAUUUUAUGUUAUUUAAUACCAUAGUAUUUAAUAUUUAUCUCGGAGUUUUCUAUAAAUUAGUUGAGUUCAGGAGUACCUAACGAUGAUGACACUUCACCUAAUGUAACCGAUAGUGCUCCUGACAAUAAUGCAUCUGAGGAUAACGCAACUCCAUUUAAAGAAGAAAAUGAUUUUGAAUUGGACUCUGAACAGGAUGAUCCAACAGGUAAAAUUAAUUUAUGUAAACCUUUAAAGUAUAGAAUCAUUGUUUAUACAUAUUUAAGGAUUUUGUAAAUUUUUAAGAUAUAUAUACGCAAUUUUUAUAAUUUUUUUGUUAAGAGUAUAUUUUAAAGGAAUAUUUUGAUAUUAUUUUUUACUUCUCAUAUUUUCCUUAUACUCACUUAUUAAAGGCUUUAUUUUUAAUACAUUUUAAUUCAGAAUACUUAGAUUAGUAUUAGUAUAUGAUUAUGGUUCAUCAGUAUGAAAUUAAAAAAUUUCUUCUACUUCUAAUUUUGAUAUAAAUAAUAACUUAACAAUUUUUAAUAGUCAAAAUAGCAUAUUUUACAUUAAUUCUGUAAUGGAAGAGUUGUCUAUUUGUAUAAAGUUUUUAUAAAUAAAUUUAAAAACAUAUUUUUGAGUAUAAUAUCUAAAAUAAUCAUUUUUUUUUUUUCAUAUUUUGUGUGUAACUUAUAUUAACAAAAUAUUGAUUUUGCUGUAUAUUAUUAUUUCUAUUAGGUUUGGAAGGAGCUGCAUUUCAUAGUCGUCUACCGUUUGAUAAAAUGACUUCAAAUGAAGCGUACUGUUUCUCAGAUGUUGCACUUGGACCAACACAAACUCAAAAAGUUUUUUUGCAUAUUCGAAAUCGAUUGGUAAAUGUAUUUUAUUUUAAAAACAAGUAGUACAAACUAUGGUGUUAAGCAUUUCGAAUUGGUUUGCAAUAAAACUAAUUUAAAUAAAGUUGUUACAUUAAAGUAAUAUAUGUUAAAAAAGAUUAAAUUAUAAUAAUGUUAUCUAAUUUAAUUAUCAGUUGCAACAAUGGUUGGAUAAUCCAAAACAACAGUUAUUAUUGGAUUCUGCUUUGCCGUCAAUUGAACCUCCUUUUAACACUGACAAAGUUCUUAUUCGAAGAGUUUAUGCUUACUUAGAGCGCCACGGUUAUAUCAAUUUUGGAGUAUUUAAGAGAUUAAAAGUAAUUAUAGGAUACAUACAUAUUAUAUAUUUAUGCAUAUGUGUAUUAUAUAUACUGGAUACCUUAUAUAUACAUAUUAGUAUAUAUGUCAACUAAUUUAUUAUCUAUCUUGUUUUAUAGCCCCUACCUGCAAAAAAAGUAGGAAAGGCUAUUGUUAUUGGAGCAGGUAUUGCAGGACUAGCUGCUGCCCAACAAAUGCAACAAUUUGGCAUGGAAGUGAUUGUUUUAGAAGCAAGGGUAUUAUAAUAAUAAUAAUAAUAAUAAUAAUAACAAUAAUAAUAAUAAUUUAAAUAUAGUAAAUAAAUAUAUAAAUAGAAAAAUGUAUGUAUAAAAAUAAAUAAAUAAAUGUGUCACCUGGAGUAUUAUGAUAAGUGUAUUAUAUGAUCAGUUUCAAAUUAAAAAUUCAAUUAUUUUUUCUAUAUUUCAUUGUGUAUGUGUAUUUAUUCUAAAACUGAAUUAAUGUAAAUGUUAUUUUGGGAUUUAAUAUCUCUAAUUCUGUAUUAAUAUCAAAGCUUAUAUGUGAUUAUUUUCUAAAACAUGUUUAGCAAAGUUUGAAUUAGGGAUAGUUUUUUAAAAUUUUUUUUCAGAAAUGUGUACUUUAUCUUUAAUAUCUUAUAUCAAUACAUUUUAGAUAAUAAAUAAUAACCAAAUAAUUUAUAUUUCUUAACAUAUCUACGUCUAAUAAUUUUAAAUAAUUUUUCCUAUUAAAAUAGAUUAUUUCUAUGUAAAAUGACUAAGUUGUAUAAUUUUUUUCUAUGUAUUUCUUCAUUUAAUUUUUAUAUUCAGCUGCGUUUUACAUUUUGAUUGUGGUAUACCUGAUGAUGAAUUUUUAAUUCGAAACUGGUAAUACACUUAAUAAUACACUUAUCAUAAUACUCCAGGUGACACAUUUAUUUAUUUAUUUAUUUUUAUUUUUAUUCAUAUAUUUAUUUACUUUAUUAAUUUACAAGUAUUAAACAUUUUCAUAAUUUUGUUUUUCUUUAUUAUUUUAUUAAUAAUAAUUUGUUACAUAAAAUAAUAAAAAGACAUAUUUUAAAUUUUUUAAAUGAUUGAUCAUUUUAGGAUCGAGUUGGUGGACGUAUAGCUACUUUUCGCAAAAAUAGUUAUGUUGCUGAUUUGGGUGCAAUGGUAGUUACUGGUCUUGGAGGUAAUCCAGUUACAGUCUUAUCUAAGCAAAUUAAUAUGGAACUUCAUCGUAUACGCCAAAAGUGUCCAUUAUACGAACCUGGGAAAAUAAAUGCAUCAGUGUCUACUGUAAGUAUGAAGUUUAUCAGUUGCAUGUAAAGAAUUAUUAUUGCUAUGUAUUGUGCAUUGUAUUACAGCAAGUCCCUAAAGAAAAAGAUGAAAUGGUUGAAAGAGAAUUUAAUCGCCUACUAGAAGCUACUAGUUAUUUAUCUCAUCAUUUGGAUUUCAAUUAUUGUAAUGGAAAACCUGUUUCACUUGGUCAUGCAUUGGAAUGGGUUAUAAAGUUUGUAUUUUUAUUUGUUUUAAAGAUUAUUUUUUUAAUUUUGUAUAUUUGAAAUACUUUAAAUAAUAUUAAUUUUUAUUUAAUGACUAUUAUUGUAUUAGUUUUGAAUUAAUGUACACAUUUAAUAUAGUAAAUACACUAGUGAUAUCAAUAACAGAUAUAAUUUUUACCUAUACAGUAUAUAAUCUACACUAGUAUUAAUUAUUUAAGGUAUAAUGUAUAAUAUUCACAUGAUUAAUUUUGAAUAACCUGAUUAAAAUUAAAAAAAAAAGAUUUACAUACUUUGCAUGAGAGGUGGAUUAUAUGUGUGAAAUUGGAAAGGUAGGAUAUAGAGGAACAUUUAAUGUUUAUCUGUAUUUAACAAUUGACCAUUGUUAACAAAAAAUUAUACUGAGAAAAGUUCAGUUAUACAUGUUUUAAAAGGCCGUAAUUAUGAUUUUUGUGAAAAUUUGAUAUUUAAAUAAUUACAAAAAAAAUUCUACAUUACAGUCAAUUUUUUUUUUUUUAACAUAAAGUAUGACUUAUAAUGAACCUCUUGUUAAAUUUUCAGGAAUUUCUGUUUGAUCUAACAAUUUUAUCCAUAGAGUACUUACAAUAUCAUGAAUAGUUCAUAAAUUAAUAAAAUGUUUUGAACAUUUUACCUUGUCUACAAAAGGCAAAUAUAAGUUUUCUGUCUAAAUUUCAAGUCUCUACAAAUAUUUUUAACUGAAUCACAAUAAAAAACAAUAAUUUGAAAAUAAUAAUAAUUGAAAAUAAUACAUUUUGUAAAUGUUGUUUCCCCUAUUCCUAAGUUUUUUCUUAAUUAUUAUGAAAACCGUUUGAAAAAUCAACAAACAACUUCUCUAAAGUACUACACAGAUAACAUAUCCAUUAGAAAAUGUACUACACUUGACAAUCGGAGCAAGAUUUCUGGUAGAAAAGUUGUUUACAAAUAAAAUUGUUAAGUUUAAAUAUAUGUAAAGUAAUGCAAUUUAAAUUUCUUACAAAUUAUAGUGAUAUAAAUAUAUUAUAAAUACUAGAGAAUGCUAGUAAUAUAUAAUAAUUAGUAAAUAGUUACUGAAUUUUUUAUAAUUAAUAGAUAGUUUACUUUUUAGUUUUUUUUUUUUAAAAUUAAAGAAUAUUCAAUAUUUAUGUUUUAUCUAUUAAAUAGUUUUUUUAAAACUUUUCUUUAAUGAUAAAAAGUUUUUCAAUUGAAAUUUUAAACUUAAAUUAUUUAUAUACAUUUUAUGUAUUACAGAUUGCAAGAGAAACAUGUCAAGGAGAAGUUAACUCAAUAUAUGAAAAAUUAUGUAGCUUUACAGGAACGAUUGAAAACUAAACAUAAAAAGGUAUGUGAGUUUAAAAGUAAUAUUUUUUAGUGUGUAUUUAUGAAGUAUGCAUAUUGAGAAAAAGAGAGUUUAACAUCAUUUUAUCCUUUUAUCCGUUUAGUUAUGCUAUUUAUGAUUAAAUAAACAUUUCAUAAUUUUCAUAAUUUUAUAUAUUUAUGUUCUUAUUUGAUGUUAUUUUGCUUAGUUACUUCAUAUACAAGAAAAUUUAAAAGAGUUGGAUGCUCAGAAAAAAGAGUAUGCUCAAGAAAAGCAUAAUAAUGCAAGUUCAAGUUUUGGAUACCGUUCAGUUAUACGAGAAAUGGCUAUUAAUAUUAAAGUAAACUUUACUAUAACUAUAAUUAUUUAUACUGAUAAAUAAAUAAAUAAAUAAUAUUAUUUGGGUAUGUUUUUUAUUUUAUAGAAAUGGGAUGAAUUAAUUGAACAAAAGAAUGAAAUCGAAGAUAAAUUAAAAGAAAUGGAAGCUUCUCCACCGAGGUAUGUUUAUAUGAAUUAUUAUUAAUUUAAAUUAUUCAGUUCUUACAAAACUAAAUCUAUUACAUUAAAUCUUAUAACAAAAUAUUGCUUACAUAUUAAAAUAGUGUGUUGGUAGCUCAAAUAGGUCACAUUUAAAUGGGUAUUAAAAAUUUAUAAAAUUGUAUUCUGAUUUAAAAAUAAAAUUAGUUUUAUAGUUUUUUAAAAAUUAUUUAAAUUUUAUUAUAAGGUUUAGUACUUAAUUUGAAAUAUUGAAAAUGUAUCCUCCCCCUUUUCUUUUGGUUUUUCAUCUUUAUUUACCUUUAAAUAUUAAAUAAAUUGUCAAGUAAAUUAUCAAAUUGACAAAUUGCAUCUAAUUCACAUAUUAAUUAUAAUAAUUUUAUAAUAUUGUAUAUUAUUAACAUUUAUAAUUUUAAAAUAAACUGAAUUUGUAUGACAUAUUGCUUAACUAUGUCUUUUAUUUUCAAUUACAAUUAAAUAUUAGUAUAAAAUUUUUAUUUUUAGUGAUGUGUAUCUAUCAACAAAAGAUCGUCAAAUUUUAGACUGGCAUUUUGCAAAUUUAGAAUUUGCUAAUGCUACUCCAUUAAAUAACUUGUCAUUGAAACAUUGGGACCAAGAUGAUGAUUUUGAAUUUACCGGAAAACAUCUUACAGGUUCGUGUUGUUUUAUUUAUAUUUAAAAUAAUAGUUAACAAAAAAAAAAAAAGAUGGUAUAAAUAAUAUUCAAUCGGAGAAAUACACAUAUGGCGCUAAUGAUUCUUACAGUGUAUGUCAAAUUAAUUUAUAAUAUCUUAUACUAUUCUUUAUUGUGAUUUUCAAAGUGUAAAGUAACUAGAAAGUCUCUAAAUUACUGAUUAAAAGAGAAGUAUCUUGAGUAAUAACAAUAUUGGUACUCGAAAUUCCUUGUGUAAAUUAUAUUUUAAUUGGUGGUAUAGCAUUAACUAAAAUGGCUAAAAACACUAUUUAUUGUUUAUAUUUUAUAUACAUUUGUAUUAAGAGUAGUAUAGUGUGUUGUGUAUAAUAUACAAAUAUUUUACAUUUGUAUAACUAGAAUAAAAAUCAAACUACAAUGUAUCUAGGUAUUUAAAAAUAAUUAAUUACCUAAUUGAAUUUUAAAUAAUAUAAAAAAAGAAGACAUAAUAAUUAUGCUUUAUGCAUUCAACUUUAAGAACAAACAUUUUUAUACAUGUAGUUGUAAUAAUAUAAUUUAAAAGGACGUGACACACAAAGCUUACCAGCUAAAAAAUAAAAAUACUACAUCACAGCUAAAGUUCUCCAUAUUAAAACAAAUAAAAAAUUGUCAAUCAAUCUUCAAUUAUUAACAAAAUGGUUCUGUUACUUAACAAUUAUAUUUAUACGGUCAAAUUACAGGUGUAUCACGUCCUCUUAAGGAAUAUUAUAUUAUGCACAUUAUUUAAUUGAAGAAAGUUAAACAACUAAGAACAUAAUUGAAUUAAAGUAUAUUAAAUAAAUAUAUCAAUGUGAGAAAUGAGUAGAUAUUAAUCAUAUAUUUUUUAGUUUUAUUUUUUUUUAAAUUAUUGGUUAGGAAGAUAGAGGAGACGCAGCCUUCCAUUGGAGGCAUCUUUAGGAAAUAAGAGUUAAGUUAGCUAUUACAAUCAUUUAAUUAUUUAUUUAUAUUAUGUAUUAUAUUAUAAUAAGAAAAAUUCUGAAUAUUACUUAUUAAUGUUUAGAUUUUUUAAUUUUUUAAUUUACAACCUAUACUCAGUAAUAUGAGUUUAAUAAGUAAAUUUGAUCAGAGAAAAAAAAUAAAUGACGAAAGAAAAUAUUCAUUGAUAUUAUUCUACAAAUAGAAUACAUAGGUAUUAUAAUAAUAAGAUUAUUGUAAAUUGUCUAUCUGUGUUCUAGUAUUUUUUUUUUCAAAGAUUGAAUAUGAUUAAUAAUUUGGUUAAUUGUCUCUGGACCAUUUUAUUUUCUGUUGACACAUUGUAUUAUCUAGAUCUACUGACCUAAGGGUGUUAGGAUUGAAGAUAAUUGUAUUUAUUUAGGUUUAAUAUUCAAUAAGAAAACCCUUUUUCUUUGUAAAUAUGUUAUAUUUAGUUCACUAUAAUAUGAUAAUGAUAUAACUUGUAAUGUGAAGUUGCAAUUUGUUGAUCAUCUAAAUAUAUAUAAAAUUUCCUAAAAGAAAAUUGUUAUAAAUAAUUAAUACUUUUUGAGAUAAUGAGUGUUCUCAGUUAAAAAAAAAUCUUGUAUAUAGAUACCUAGUAUAUUAUUAUAAGUUAUAACUAGGGCGCGGAUUUCAAUGCAAAAUGCAUUUUUUUCCUAAAUCCUUACGCAAUGCUCAGUUUGGCAAAAAUGCGUUUUAAGUAAUGUAGAUUCAUGUAAUUUAAUUUUUUUUUGCAUUUUUUGUCGUUUUAACUUCUUUAAUGCAUUUUUGGUCAUUUUCGCUACUUUUAAGGUUAUUAUUUUCAUAUUUUUGAAAAAUGUAGCAUUUUUGGAGAGAAAUAAAAAAUUUUCAAGUAUUCAAUAUUUUUCUUUUACUAAAUUAUUGAAAACUAUACUUUAUCGUCUGUGUCAUAUAUGAAUUAUGGUAAAUGACAAUAGUCGAUGACGAUAACGUCGAUAACAAUAAAACGGACUACGUGUGUAUAGUGUACAUAGUGGGCCUUGCCAUACUAUUAAUAGUCCCGUCAGUGGACAGAAUUUCCGUUUUUCAACGAAAUAUAGUUUUAUACAUAUCGUUCUAAUCAGCUAUUUCUAGUAUUCAAACGAAAACAGUCGUGUUUUACCGAGUUACUGUCGUAGUGUCGUGUGUUGUACUCCGUGCGUUUGACGUUUAUAAAUAGCAGUUUUAUUUAUUUUGGUAGAUACAAUUAAGUCUUUUUCAUCUUUUUAACAUUAUGCCUAAAGUUAAGCCAUCAUCAUCACUUCGUUUACGUGCGUAUAUAAACGAAUUUGGUGAGGAUGUUUUUUCGACUGACGGAAAAAUUUUGUUUUGCAAAAUUUGUAGUGUAAAAGUUGCGUCAGAAAAAAAAUUUACGAUUACCCAACAUUUAUCAAGAGAUAAACAUGUUAAAGGUUUGGAAAUGAAUAAAGCGAAAAAUGCAAAAUAUAAAACUCAACCGUUUUUUACCGACACGUUAACUAAUUCGUUCAAUAAAGAUUUAUGUUUUGCCAUGUUGUCAUCAAAUAUUCCACUAGCCAAACUAAAACAAUCAAAUUUUCGAAAUUUUUUGGAAAAAUAUAUGAAUCAGCAAAUUCCUGAAGAGUCUACUAUCCGAAAAAAACUACGUAAGUACUUGUUAUGAUGAAACUCUUGCUUCUAUUAGAGCAUACGUAGAAAACAAAAAUUUUUUAUAAUUAUUUUUCAUAUUUUAAGUUCAUAUUUUUAGUACAUUUUUUUACGUCAUUAAUUGAAUUUUUUAGGUCAUAAUUGCAUUUUUUCUAAGGCAUUUUUAGGUUUUCUUUAGGGCAUUAAAAUCCGCGCCCUAGUUAUAACUAUUCUUAAAGUAAAGUAUUAUUUUUAUUUUUGAAGUUGUGGUGUUUUGAUAUAUUUCAUCUUAUUAGGUGUUCUUAUGUUUGAAUAAUAAAUAGUGUACAAUAUAAAAACACAGUUCCUAUGUAUAAUAUAUAUUUAUAUAUAUAUACCAGUCUCAGUGGGGGUUUGUGUAGAGAAAGUUUCUGUUUAAUGAAACAUAGUAAAGAGCUAAACAUUGACUAAUUGCUUAAGGUGGUCUUAAUAAUUGUAUUCUGUAUAAAAAAUGUAGGUAUCUACUGUAUAAACCUGUAUAUAAAUUUUAUUUUUUAAUCUUAGGUAGGUGUUUUUAUGAUAAAUGAUCUAGUUUUUCUUUUAUAAAAUAUUUACGUCAAACAUUAAGUAAUAUCUAACAUACCUACAUUUAAGAGUUAUUUUCAUACAACAAUUUAUAAAUAUAUUUAUUACUGAUAAAUAAUAACUAUACAUUGUUUAUCAUUAUUAGUUGGAUGAGAAUAAACAAAUUGUAGUUCAUCAUAAUCCACUUAGAGGAGAUGAACUAGUAAGUAUGUAGUUCAUAAAUGAUGUACAGUAGUCAUGAUGGCCAUUAUUAUUAGGUCCAUUGACUUUUCUAGAAAUUGAAAACCAAAUUUUGUAAUAAUUCUUAAUUUGCAAGGUGGUGGUAAUAAAGUUUAUAGUGCACACUUAUCGUGAAUAAUGUAGAGUACCUAUAAGAGUAUUAAUAAUUAAUAAUAUUUAAUAACAGUAUUUAAUCUAUGAAGUUGUGACAAUUUUUCUUCAUAUUUUGGUCGUACCUAAAAUUAAUAUUAGUUUGUAUGUACCUAUUUAGUUUACCUGUAGAUAUUUGUUAUACUCAAUCAUUUAACAAGAAGUUGGCAUAGUGAUAAUUAUUAUAAUUAACAUUUGUUAUGUUACAAAUUAUUUUAUGUUGGAGGUUUGUAUAAGUGGAUACGCCCAUCUGUUUUUACUUACUAAUUUUUUUUGAUCUAUUAUCCCAUAAUGGAAUGGCACUAUACUAUCAUUGAUAAAAAAAUGUUUAUAAUUAGAAAAGAAAUAAUACAAGAACUAAAAAUUAAAAAUAAUCUACAACAUUAAUUAUGUAUAUUAAACUUGGAUGAGUAUAUUCAUGAUAGAUGGUAGAUAGUCUACUUAUUAUAAUAUUGUGUGGAUAUAAUAUUUUGACGCUACAAUAUAUUGGUAUUUUUAUUAAAUAGAAAAAUUUAAAUUUAAUAGAGAUGAAUACUAUAUUUGAUUGUUUUUAAGUAUACUGUUAAUCAUAAUAAUAAUAAUUAAAGAACUGACAUUGGGGAUGGGUGCGGUUACUGUUGUAGGUAGGUAGUGGGAAAAGUGGGAAAGUUAUUUAAGUUAUACUUGUAAGCAGCAAUAAAUCAUUGAUAACGAAAAACAAUUUAGAGAGAAGUUCAAAUAUACAUGUUUUGAAAGGUCAUAAUAUUAACGAUUUUCGUCAAAAAUUGAUUUUAAAACUCCUAUAAAAAAAAAGUACUAGGUACAUUAAACUAAAUUUUUUUUUUCGACCACUAAGUACAACUUAUCAUGAAUGUCCUAUCAAAUUUUUAAGAAUUUCUGUUUAACCUAACAAUUUUAUCCACAGAGUACCUACCAAAUAAAAAUUAUGUAAAAAACUUGCAAAAUUAAAAUGUCUAUAAAUAACUUAAAUUUUUAGAUAUUUAGUUUUAUACGAAUAAUGGAUUUGAAUGUCUUAACAAUCAAUUGGUACUUUUCUAUAUAAGUAAUAAUUAUUUUUGCUUUAUAUUUAUUCAAAUUAUUAUAAUGGGUACUUAGAAUAUUUAGAUUUAUAUAGCUAUAUAAUAUUCAAAUAUUCUAUUACAGUCAAAUUUUCGAUGUAUUACUUAUUUUUUCAAUAAAUAACUCAGAUAUUUAAACACUUUUUAAAAUUAUGUGUUCUAAAAUGUUAUAUUGUCUUUAUUUUUUGUGGGUGAAUCGGUUACCUACCUACUUUUGAUUUUAAAAUAGCAAUCUAUAUUAAAAUGGGUUGACGAAAAUCAAAAAUUUCAGCACCAACAUUUAACUACUUCUCCCAUCUAUUUAAGGCAUUUUCAAUAUAUGGGCUGCUAAUUGAAAAUCAAAAGUAGGUAGUCGUUUCACCUCUGAAAAUAAGAGUGAUAAAAAAAAUGAUAAUGUACAAUUUUAAAACUAUUUGUUUCUUAUGUUUUCAAAACAAAAAAAUUCCGAAAAACGUUAAUACUUUCCGAGAUAAUGUGUGUUUCUAGUUGAGUAUAUGUAUAUAAAAAUUCGAAUAUGUUUCUUUUAUUAUUAUGAAAACUUUCUUACCAAUAUUGAUAUUGAUUGUUAUAGUAAUAUUUUUAAGGACAUUUUGGAACUAAUCGAUUUUAACAUAACUUCCUACAUGGCUACAUAAUCCGUUAAAUUUCUCAAUGAAAUUACGGUUUAAAGUGUUUAUGAUAUUAUGUACCUACAGUGGCAUCACCGGUAGGUAGUUGAUGAACAAAGGGUAGGUCGGUUUUGACAUGUUGACAUUUCUUUUUAGUACCUACACGCCGCCGCGCCGAUUUUGUAGAUCUCCGCAGCGUGUUUCGGCAUCUCGUGUUUCAAAGGAGUGUCUACAAAAAGCGGCACCGACAAUAUAAUAAUUGUGCGGAUACGACGAAUGCUUUCUAUAUUAUAUUAUAAUUAUAAAAGAUGCAGCAGGUUUCGAUUUAAACGUUUCAAAAGACCGCUCAAACCUUUCAUGUCACCUUACACCGGAAAAUGUCUUUCAAUAAAAAUUGUUGAUUUUUUUAUCUUUUGUGCGUAAUAUCUUUUAUGAAUGAAAAUUUAGACUUGAAAAUACACCCGUGUACUCGUAUGUAUGCGUUUCGAAAUUGUCUACAACUGUUUUUAUUUUUUAAAGAGCACAAAUAUUUUUGGUCUUCACUACUUUUUUCAUGGAAUGGCGGUAAAAAAUAAAUAUAUAAACUCUGUUAAGAUUCUUUUAUUUCGGGCACGAACGUGUUAUAUAAUGCAAUUGCUUUAGAUUGGUCUGAAAAUAAAAAACAUAAAGUAGGUACUUACCUAGGUACCUAUUUACCUUUUGUAAAAACAAAAAUAGUAUAUAAGAGACCGGGAGAAAAAAAUCUUUAAAUCGGCUAUUUGUAUGCCGGGGCAGGCAUACACUUAUAGAGAGGGUUUGCCGUGAAACCGAAAUACGUAUUUAAUGGAGUUCCGGGUUUUCGGGACGAUAGGUAUAUAGGUAAGUACUAAAUUUGUGACAAACGACGUGACGUUAAUGGAAGUCGUGGGCGGCUUUUUUAAUGCUCCGCGUUCCGCUUUACUGUAAAUAAGAAUUCGGGCACGUUUUCCUAAUAAAUUGGCAAAGUGAAAAGGGGGGAAAAAAGGAAUUUGAGCGAAUAAAUUAAUAAAGUAUAUAGACCUACGUUUUAAAUAGAACAUUCGACGAAUGAAAGUUAUGUCGUAUAUUAUAAAUAUUAUUAUAAUUAAUAAUAUUUAGAUAUCUACCUGUACGAGCAUAAUCAUACUCGUAAUCAUAUUCUAUACGAACAUAUUAUAGGUACACAUAAUGAGAUUUUAAUAUAUAGGUAUUGUUUUACUUUCAUUGAAUUAAAAAAAUCGGGUCAGGAUGUAUAAUUAAGUUGGAACGACGGAAAAAAAAAACAAACAAAAGAAUCCUCCCCGAGGUGAAAACAAUAUUCGCUCGGUGUCCAGCUGUUAAAGUAACACGAAUAUUAGCGUACAUAAAAUAUAAAAGAUACCAAUAGGUACGUGAUCCGUUGUGCCUGAUAAACGAUAUUUAAUUAAAAUUGUCUAGGUAUAGCAGGGUAGGUAACUAUAUAAUGUAUCGAUUGAUGUUUCUUAAUUUUUUUUUUCUGUCGACUCACGUUGCCUCCAUUUCCACUGAGACCUCUCUUAUUAUCUCUGAAUCUUGACGUGGUGCGUUAUUAAUGUAGCGAUUUAGUUAUUAGCGGGACCGUCGUUGCGAUUUGUGUGGUCAUAGGAAAUUUAUGCAUUAUGACUCUUAUGUUAGUGGACAUAGUCUCUCGUAAAAUUUGUCUAGGAGGUUCACAGAAAUAUGUCUUGAGAAGAGCAAGUUUAUAUUAUCUAUAAACGCCUUAGUCCUUAGCAUACGUAUUUUGUUUGUAUAAUCCUUGCUUUUUGUAUAAAGCACAAAACCAAACGGAGUCCGGAAAAAUUAUCAUUUAUGCAAUUUUCGGAACGAAUCAUUGUGAUUGGUUGACACUUGGCGAUUAAUUUUAUGUAGUCAUUUACGUGUUGUAUUCGCUGAAAAGUCUUUAUCUAAAUAUAUAGCAUUUGGAAAUGAAAAACGUUUUAGUGUCUGUUAAAUAUUUUUCUAUCAGAAAUAUUGUUCUGGAUUAAGUUGGUGAAGAAGAAAUUCGUGUUUUUUGAUUUUCCAAACAGUUUUCAUAAUAAAUGGAAAAAAACGUAAAAGUAAAACAUACAUAUUUUCUAUUAUUAACUAUUUCAUUAUUUUAUAUUUUUUCUAAUUUUCUAUACCAAAAAUAUUACUCUCAAUUUCAAGAGUUAUCUUUUCUUAAAUAAAUUUUGUCUAGUUAGUGAGUUGGAAAGUUAUUUUUGAUUUUUCUGUAGUUUUUUAAAUAAUGGAACAAAACCGGGAAAAAAGUAGAAAGAACGGGAAUAUUUACGGAAAUAACUGUUUUACUAUUUUCAAUUUUUUUUUUUCUGUAAUUAUAUUAAAAAUAAUUGUAAAAACCGGACAUUUUCAUAAAAUUAAUUUGGCCUUUUCAAAUUUGGUUGAAUUUUUAUAACAUUCUAUCAAUUUUGUUAAACUGUUUAUUUGCAUUUAUUUACAUGUUUGUAAUUUUUUUAGCCUUAUUGAUAUAUAUAUAUAUAUAUAUAUAUAUAGUAGGUAUUAUGUGGAUAAAAUUAUUUGACCAAACAGAAAUGCAUGUAAAUUUAACACGAGGUUCAUAAGUUGUACUUAGUGAUAAAAAAAAAAAAAGUUGAGUAUAAUUUUGUAGUUUUUUUAUUAGAACAACUCUUAACUAGAUAAAAUUUUGAUGAAAAUUGUAAAAAUUAUGGAAUUUCUAAACAUCUAUAAUCUAUUAACGAAUUUAGCUCAGAAUAGUGCUACGUUAGUAAUGGUUUGUUGUUUCUUACAGAUAUAAAUUAAAUAACUUUAUGUAUCCUACUUUCUUAACUUUCCAUCUAUAACAGUGGCUCAUCCGUCUGUCAGUAUCAGCUCUUUUCAUACAAUAAUUAUUCCGUACAUAAUUUUACCACGAGUUUAGUUUAGUUUAAUAAAAUAAAAAUGUGUAUGAUCUUUUAAUUUGUAUAAACCCACAUAAGAGUAGAAAUCCUGGUCUAAGAAAAUCCUAACCUGACCAGUAACAAAUAAUUUAUUGAUUAAUUUGUCAUUUAAGUAUUUAUUGAGUUCUAGCUGAGUCAAAAUCUGUUCUAAACGUUCAGUGCAGUAAUGUUUGGUAGGAAUUCAUGUUAUUCGUACUUACGUUUAUAAACGAGAUAUUGAAGUAUUUCCAGAACAGAUAGUUUUUGACGUCGUAAACUUUUUCAAUGAUAUUGGCUCGUCUGUCAACUAAAAGAAAAGACUGCGUAGUUGUGUAUAAAAGUUUAUAAGAAAAACGAUUCUUCGUCUGGCGCCAAUGUCGAUAAGAAAUUUGCUGGGGUUGAUAUUUUGAACAUUUAUAGAUUGGAAACGUUAUUUUUAGAUUAUUUUUGUUAGAGAUUUCCGGCAAAAAAAAAAAUAAAAAAAAAGUUAAGUAUUAUUUUGAAAAAUAACAUUUCCCAUAUAAUUAAUAUUAAAACUCAUCAGCGUCAAGCUGUAAAAAAAAUGUUUUCCAAGUAAUAGUAAUAUAAUAUGUACUGUUUAUAAUUGUUCAUCGUUCACAAUCUUAUAUAUUAUUUAUUAUAUACUCAUAUAUCAAAUUGUGAUUGAAAAACCGAAUAAGUGCAAAUAUCACGUCACUAGUAUUGCCAUUUCGCUUAUAAUUGAAUAAUAUCAUUACUACCUUGUUAUAUCGCAUGCCACGUUAUUUUAGUGAACGCUGGACCUAACAUUAGUAAUAAAAAAAGUCGAGAAUUUUGAGGAUUUCGAGAAAAAUCAUUGUGUCCACAAAUAUUUCAUUUUUUAAUAUACCUAACCUAAUUAAAAAUUGUAUUUUUCGGAUUAAUUUGCCCCGAAUAUUAUGUUGUAUAAUAUUUGAAUAAUUCUAUUUUCUAAUAUCUAUACAAAAUAUCAUCUAUGAUCUCGAAUUUUCACUAAAAUAUUAUAGUCGUAUAUUAUUUGAAAUUAACAGGCGCGUGUUUAUUUAUGUGCGUUUAAAAAAUCGAAUAAAGCUAUAAGUUAGGUUAGGUAUAUUAUGUAUAUAUAAAAGUAACAACUAUAAAACAUAAUAAAUUAUUAUAGAUAUACCUUGGGUAAGCUACCCCAUACGAGUAUAAUAUUUUUGCCGACGAGUUUUUUCGUACGUGUUAAAUGUGAACCUACCUAUAUGUAAUAGAAAAAAAUCCAAAAUUCGUACGGUUUACAGAUGUUUUUUUGUGUUCAGCGUCGACCUCCCCUCCGUGCCGUUACUAAUUUUUUGAUGAUUUUCGCCGGCGGUGGCGGUCCCUUUGGCUUUUGCGAUAACGGGUCGUCACGGUUCAUCAUUAUUGUGGUAUUGCCACAAUAUACGCAAUGCACAUGUCGUGUUGUGGCCGGUUGCACAUUGCAUCAACAGCGGAUACGUCUGUUAUGCAUUUUAUAGUUCUUUUUGAGAUUUCUCCAAUAACCGCAGACGUUCAGAAAAUUACGACAGUAUUUCCAUGUCUCCUUUUCACGCCACCGCCGCCACCGCGUAUGUUAUUGUCUAGUACUUACAACAGUCGAUUUCUCUCUUUUUGUUGUUGUCGUUGCUCCCUUUUAUACUUUGUAAUUUAGGUACCUAUAAAGCGGCUAUUAUAAUACACCUCUGUACCGCAAAUCACGAUACGUUUAAUAUGUAAAAUAAAAAAAAAAAAUGUAUAUAUUAUCAAAACAAUUAUUAUUAUUUUCGAUUUUUCAACUCAAAAUAAUAUUAGUGUAUAGUUUAUAAUAUAUAUUUGAAUAGAACAGAUAAAACAAAAAAAUAAUAAUAAAAUAAUUUUAAUAACAAUUUUGUGAGAAACAGUAUAGAUUCAAAAUAAAAAUUGUUCAGGAGACGAUAAAAAACCAACAAACGAAUUUGUUUUCAAUAUGUUUGAUUUUAAUUAAAUUCAAUAUUAAUAUUAAUAAUUUUUGUACCUUUUGAAAAAAGUUAUUUAAGGUAAGUUUUUAUUGACUUAUCAUUAUAGCACGGAAAUAAUUAUUUUGGUUUUUAGAUAUCUAAUGACUUAUCACCUUGCAACUAAUAAUAUUACUUGACAUAAUAUACUUAAUAUCAUUUUUUCUAUACGAAUAAUCAUAUGACUUAUGUUCAUCACAAUUAAAUAUUGAUUUGUCACAUUUGUACAAAAAAAUGUAGUUUACAUUUUUUUAAAAUACAACAAUUAGGUAACUUAUUAAAUAAUUAAUAUUUUAAAAACGCCGAUGAGGUUUUUAAAAUGUUUUUCUCUACAAAUCGUAUAAUAUAGGUUUUAAAAUCGGUUUUAAAGGACUUUUCGUUUGUUUCAUGUGAACACAUUAUUACAUUACUUGUUAAAAAGAUAAGAAGGGCCAUUGGACCAGGAACGGAUGACAGGGUAAAUGUAUAGAUAUUCUCACUACAGAAGAUAUAAAAUAUUUUCAAUGACGAUUAACACCGAAAUUGAUUUAUUGAAAUAAUCCCAAUUAUUUUAAAAAGUAUUUUCGAAGCAUUUUGACUAUUUAAGUCCAAAGUUUUCAAAAGAUGGAUUCUAAUAAUCCAGUGAUUUGAAAUUUUGUCCAAAUGUUCUCCUCGUGCGUCGUUAAAACUUAUAAUGAAGUCUAUAAUACAAGUAUAAUAAUAUGUAAUAAUGUAUUUGGAAAAUAUUCAUUGCAUUUUUGAAGUUAUUCGUUGAAGUUUAUUUUUCGUUUUUUUUGAAUUAUUUAUUUUCGUAUGAUUGACUACCGCGUAACUUGGUCAUUUAUAAUUUUAUUUGUAAUUUUGAUUCUCGAUGUCUUUACAAUGAUAUUUUUAUUUUAGGUCAUUUAUUUUAGUUAUACAUACGAUUGGACUAUAAUAUUAUUAUGCCGCUUGUUCCUCAUCCUUGUAUUAUUUAUUAUUCCAUCAUACUCGUCUAUCCAUCACAGAUACAGGGUCGGUGGAAUCGUAGACUCUAAAAGAGAUAUCUUCUUUUCGUAUACACGUAUAUAAUAACAAUAAUAUAUGAUAAAUCGCACAUUAAUACAGACACAUUCCGAUGAACCGUAUAAAUUCAGAAGAGUUUCUCGGGCGAACCACGAUGGCAAUAUAAUGACGACGCGUCUCGGAAAUAAUAUAAUAAUGUAAAAUAUAUUUACAUAUUAUCGUUCCGGGUCAACGUGUCGGUGACGUAUGAAACAAAGACGUCUUGCAACGAGGCCGCGGUCUUCUCUUUAAUAAUAAUGAAAAAAAAAAUUAUCUUUUCUGUUUUUGGAUAUUAUUUAAAUUUAUUAUUAUUGUAGUUAUUACCGUCGAGUAAAAAACGGAAAAGAAUGAUUAUGAACGUUUUGUCUUCAUCAUACCCAAAUUGGGCGCUUCUGCAGUGGUGAAUGAGAAAGAUUUAUUUUUUCCGACCUCCGCAGAUUAACGCAUUCGUCUUCAUACACCUUUUCUGUAACGGAUUCGUGGUCGUACGCCGUGUAUUAUAAUUAUAUUAAGCUAAAACCAAGAUCCUAUAUAUAUAUUCGAAUUUAAAACUAAUUUCAAACGCUUAAUACAAAAUAUAUUCUAUGUACAUUCAUUUGUUUUUACAUUUUUAAUAAUAUUUAGAAAUUGAAUAGUAAUAUUAGGUAUACCUAUAGUAAUUUUAGAUUCGAAUGCAGCGGAGAGGUUGUUUUAAUAAAAUAGGUGUGUAGGCAUGAUUUUUUUCUUCGGAAAAUUAUUUUUAGAGAGCUCUAGGAUUUUGCACCUCAUGGUUCUUUGUUUGAUGAGUUUUUCUAGAUUUUCAAUAGUUUUCUUUUUAGAAAUUAAAAGAAAAUCGAUAACAAAUACGUCGGUAUGUAGGUUUUAAUUUAAUUUUUUGAUUUCUUCUGGUUUACAUGUAUUAUUAUUGAGUACAAAGGGCAUAAAACAUGACUAUAACCUUACAAGAUUACCGAGCUCCGCUUAGAAUUGUUUUUCAAUCACAAUGAUUUAUCGUUGUUUCAGUAUGUUUUUAUAAACAAAUUGUCUUAUAAUACUUAAAUAUUUUUGAUUAAUUUUUCGUUUAUUUAAUGUAAUUUUUAUUAGUACUAAUAUUGAUAUUACUUGUAAUUUUGAUUAUUACGAUAGUAUUAAUUUAAUUAAUGUUUUAGAUCGGGAUAUAUCCGGGAACAGUUUUGAGUAUGAUAAUGAUUGUUAAAAUUCUAUUGUGCAGACAACCUCAUCAUCAAAGUGUAUUAGGUAUCGCGGCUGUUUUGAAACAAUCUAAAUACAUCGUUUUUAAUGGACUAUUGUAGAACAUAAAUAACUCUAUUUUAUUUGUCGAUACUAAUUUAUACCCGAUGGGCUAACACAUGGGCGAGUGAGAAAAUAUUCAUAGGACCGCCAAUGUUAUUCGGUUUUUUUUUCUUCUUUAAAUUUACGACUGGAUUUACGAUUAAAUGUGUUAUUUUCCACAUCUUGUUUUAUCCGUCAGCCUUGUAAAUCUUGUUAAGAAACAAAAAUAAAAAAUAUAAAUACACAAAAUACAAAAAACUAAAAAUUACCUAUAGAAGCAACCGAAAAUCUGUAUAAUAUGUAUUAUAACAUUAUAGGAUAUUAUAUGAUAGGUUUUAUAUACCUAUUUUAUUACGUUCCUACGACUUUUGUCAAUAGAAAAAAAGGUUUUGUUUUUAUGGAAAUAUGUCGUGUUGAAUAUGUCUAUUCAAAUAGACAAGAAUAUCGUUUACCAACUUAGCAUUACCUACUUAGCUAUAUUAUAUUUAAAUUAAUUUACUCGCAGGGUUCUUAGUUAAUCUUAAUUUACCUUAGUUACUUAUUCAUCAUAAUGUAAUGUGUUGAUGUAUUAUUGUGCAUACAUAUCAAAUUAACUAAUCUUUUCAAUAAUAAUCACACGUACCUGGCUACUAUUUAAAAUUAUUCAUGGAUAAUGUUUUUCAAAAUUUAUUUUACAUAUAAUCGUGACAUGCGUAUUUUUUUAAAGCCUUCUUUGAUUACUUUUUUCCAUCUACCGAUGUUGUACUAUUUUGGAUUUUGAACGAAGCGAAGAAUCUAUUUGUUUUAAUACGAUGGGUGUUUAUUUUUUUAUUUUGUUUUUCUAUUUGAAAUUUUGUUUAGAAUUUUCAGUGUAGCAUAUUUUCUUAUCCGGAAGAAAAUUAUGACUAGUUAGUACGUAAGAACGUCGUUUUUUGAUUUCCCAUGUAGGUUUUUUAAUAGUUGUGAAAAUCGGGAUAAUUUUUGAGCUAUUCAUAGGUAUUAAACAUUUUCAAGUUUUUUUAGUUUUUAUUUGUUUAACAUGGAUAUAAUUGUUUGGCCGAACAGAAAUGCUUGAAAAUUUAAUAUGAGGUUGAUAUUAUAAGUUAAACUUGGAAGGUAUUUAAAAAAAUUAAAACAAUUAGCGUAAUGUAGUAGUUUUUUUUAUAAGUGUUUUAUGUCCAAAUUUUGACGAAUGUCUUAAAAAUUACGGCAUUUCAAAAUAUGUAUGUGUAACCAAACUUCGAACAGAAUAAUUUUUCGUUACUGGUUUAAAUUAAUUCGUUUUAUGUACUAUACCUUUCCAACUUUCCAUUUACAACAGUGGCGCACCUAUCAGCAGUAUCAGAUCUCUUUUUGUUAUUAUAUUCCAAUCUGUUUCAUCUUCUUGAGUUACCUUUUUUAGCAACUAACGUAAUUUUAUGAUUCUGUAAACCCAUAUUUUUUUUCGUAGUCUUCCGAUUAAUUUUGUAAUAUGUUAUAAUAAUUAUUAUAAUAUUUUAUAAUCAAUGGUUGUAUCAACCAUUGUUUAUUUUACUCGUAUACAAUUUUUUAUAAACAAUAAUAUCAAUAACGUGUUGUUGCAGGUAUUGUUCGAUUCAAAAAUAAUUCUAAUUUACGGUGGUCAUAUUAUAGGUUAAUAAUGUUAUUGUUAAUUUUAUUGCAAAUCUGUACAUUUAUAUACCUAUCAAAAUAUUAUCAUAUAGAAUAGACGAGUGUUGUUAACCAUUAUUUUAAUUAUAUGUAUAUAUUUAUAUGCAGUUGAAAAAAAAAUUGUACAAAUUGUAAAAUUUGAGUCCGACAAGAAGGAAAACGAAAGAGUGUAUAGGUUAUAGGUACUUACAGCUGCGUAAGAAAAAAAAUAAAAAUAGUUUAUUAUUUUUAUCAUUGUAAUAGCAUUUAUUAUAAUAUAGAAGCUGGCGGCAGCUGCGGGGGCUCUCGAAGCAUGCAACGAGGAAAUCUACAUACAGUUAACCAGAAGAAUUACGAGUGACACCUAUGCGUGUAAUGUUAAUUGCCUGGUGUUUAUAAUAACCACGCCUAUUUCCCUACUCUAUCCGAAGAAACUCUAGAACACAUUCUUUUAUAAUCUAAUAUUAUAAUAUUGUAUAUUCAUCGGGAAUAACGAAAAUCGUUUUGCGUCUAUAUAAUAUUAUUUUGUAUAUGAUUAUUGAUUACCUAUUAUUUUGUAUAGGAGAAUUUGGAUAUUUGCCAUCGUCACAUUUUGAACAAUUUGAGUACCUAUAUCAUAAUUAAUCAUGAUUUUUAAUUCCGUCUGAAUAUUGUUACUAUACUUAGUUGUAUAUGAAGAAAAAAAAAAGUAGAUGUAUAUGAUAUUAUUAUCUUGAUAUAGUUAUACUUAAGAUUAUUAGAGGACCGUGGAAUGUUUUGGUUUUACGGCAUUAACGGUUUUAUUAUUUUUGAUUAGGUAUUUUUGUUGUGAUUUAGUUAAAAAUAAUCGUAUAGAGAGUUGACAUUUUCACAGUAUAUACUAGUCUUUUCUAGACAUUCUGUCGAUUUUUGUGAUAUUAUUGACAUUUGACAUUUUAUUAGUUUUUGGUAAUAAUGUAAUAUUGGUUUUUGAGAAUAAUAAGUUUUUUUAAAAUUGUCUACUUUUUCGUCGAAAUUAGUUCCACUCUUGAAAUAAAUAAUAAUGGUUGUUUAAAAAUGGAAUAUUGUUUUGUCAUAGCAUCAAAUAUUCCAAUAUUUGCUCCGUCGCGAGUUUAUGUUGUAGUUAGAUAUUUUCACUUUUUCCUUGAAUUUUUGGGGGAAAACUGUCCGGACACAUCGCAUACAUUAAUACUCUCGUUAGAACGAUUUAUGUACUUUUAUAUAAGCGUUUUAGGUAUAAACAUUUUGUUGGUGUUCGCACGCCAAGUUUAUAUUAUUAUUAUUAUUAUGUUACUAAACCCCUUCAUUUCUUUUCGCUAAUUGACACGUAUGUAAAUUAUAUCGAUAUUUGUGUAAAAGAAUAUAGUAUAAACGGGAGGCGUGAUUCGCCCGAAACCAUUUUGAUUUUUGACCGGUGAAGUUAAUCGAAUUUCAACGUCAAUCAUUUAAUGGCGUCUUUAUGUAGGUAUUAUACUCGUACGUGUGUAGGUUAAACUACAAUAUAAUAUAAUGAAUAAUAAAAUACGUGGUAGCAUUUUCAAAAUAUUCUGGCGAUUUUUGAGCUAUUUAUAAAUAUUUGGUAUUUUCAAAUUUUUUUUAGUUUUUAUUUGGUUUUAUUAUGUGAAUAUAAUUGUUCGACCUAACAGAAGUGUUUUCAAAUUUACUAUGAAGUUCAUUAUCAGUUAUACUUGGUGUUCAAAAAAAAAAAGUUGAGGUUAAUGUAUAGUAGCAGUUUCUUAUUUAAAUCUUAAUUAUUAUUCAAUACAUAUUUAAACGAAAUUCGCUCAGAAUAGUCAACAAUGAGUUACUGUUGUGUAUUGAUAUAAAAGAUUACUCAGUAGUAUAAAUGACUCAGUGGCGUGCUGAACUCAACAUUUCUGAGACGCAAAAAUAAUUUGUUGGAACACCUAUAUCUCACUUUAUUACUCAAAAAUUAAAAAUAUAAUCCCAUUCUUUGAAUUUAUUUAAACACUGUUUAAAUACUAAUAGGUAGACCUUAAAGAUAAUUCAUUUUUCGGAUCCAUUUAUGCAUUUUUAAUAACGGACUAUAAUAAUUAUUUACAAAGUUAUCUAUUUGUAGUUUAAUAAUAUUAUUAUCUACUUGCAACAUUAUUUAUACUUAGUUUAUGUGUUUGAUUUCUAUAUAAGUACAAUAUUAAAUGUUGGUUCAGAACAAUAAAUUUCGAUCAUUACAUUUCACACCUGCAGGAUUUUUAGAUAAUAUGUUGUGGUUUGCCCGGGAGGCGAAAUGAGUCUUGUUUUUUAUUUUUUAUAUUCUAUCUUUAUCGCGGUGAAAAUAAAACCUUUGAGAUAAUAAAAGAAAAUACACUCGUUAUGUAAAGAAAUCUGUUUAAUUUAUAAUAAUAACCGACUGAUAACUAAAAUCAACGAUCGUGGACUUCUUAUUAUUGUAGUUCCUUAUAGCUACAUAAGGCCUAUUAUUCAAUACUGGAAGACAGUGUGUACAAUAUGUAGAUUGUUGCCACCGAUGUGGUUGUUUCCUCUGAUCAUGUAGUUCAACUGGUUCAGAAAAGAAAAAAAAACAACAUUGGUUAUUGCAGGUGUAGUUAAAAUAAUGUUCAAAUGUGGUAGUAUUAUUGGUGAAUCUCAGUAUAGUAUAUCCCAUACUUGUUUAUUAUAUUUGUCUUGCCUUCUCAAAGUAAUUAGUUAGUAUAUAUAUUAUACUUGUAUGUUAAUAAGAGUAGGUAUAUUAUAAUACAUAUUAUGAUGAUCAAAUCUCGUUCUUGACGUGUGUUAUAAUAUAAUUUUUUUUUUCCAAGACUUAUUUUGACGGAAUUUAAUUAGUAAGUACCUAUUACUUACGUAUUUGUAUACCCUUCUCGGUCAGUUAUUACAAUACAAAAUUAUAAGAAAGAUGAGGUUGGUAUUAUAUAACUCAAUAUAAAGAGGUUAAGAUGGCAUCAUUUUCUAUUGCAGUAAUUAUGCAUAAGAGGAAAUCGGAUUUAAAGAAAGACAUUAUUACCUUCCAACGGUGGCGUAAAGACUUUAGUCUGCACGAUUUAAUAAGAUUAGAGGGACUCGGACGACGAUAAGACCUACAAAUACUGUAUAAGUUACAGGAAUAGAUUGCAUGAGAGUAUUCGAUGGUAAAAUAACUACAGAUUCCGAUAGAAUUAAAAUAUAUUAACUUACAGAACAGGUACUUUCGCUAUUUUUUAUGGUUUUCCUAUUCAAAAAUUAAUAAAAAAGGAGCUGAUACUGCUAAUGGUUGUGCCACUGGAAAUUCGAGAAGAUAGGAGGCAUAGUGUUAUUUAAUUUAUAUCAUUGCUAACGGAAUACGAUUUUGAGCGAAAUUCGAUUAUAUGUGUUUUGAAAUGCCGUAGUUUUUACGUUUUAUAUCAAGAAUUGGACUUUAGGCACGUACAAAAAAAACUACUAUAAUAGGUUUAACAUUUUUUAUUGACUAUAAGAAAAAUUUAUUAAAAAUCAUAUAUUAAAUAUUCAAAAAUUUCUAUUUGGUCAAAUAAAUUUUAUCGACAUACAACCAAAUAAAAACUAAAAAAAACUCGAAAAUUACCUUUGUCAAUAAAUAUCUUAAAUAUUCUCGGAAAGAUUUGAUUUUUUUUUAGAAAAUGCAAAUAUAAUUAAGUAUAAAUUAUAACAUAAAUUAAAUUAUAAAUAUAAUUUGUAAAAAUGUCAGGUCUGUUUCUAAAAUUAAAAAAUAAAUAGACUAUCCCUUUAUAUCGCCGUCAGUAUACAUAUUAUUGUGUAUAUCGUAGUGGCCGUUGACUUAGCCAUUUUAUUAUAUAUAUUGUAUAGUUAUGAAAUUAUCAUUUUAUUAUACUUAUAAAAUAAUCGAGUAUAAUAUAAUAUGGAAGGGCGAUGUAAACCGUAACUCGUAUUAUAUAUUAUGAAUUUGAUUAAACACGAUAAUAUCCGAGGACAGUGAAUUGUUUUUUUUAAGAUAUUUACUAUAAAUGUGAAGUUUUACGGUUUCCAACACGUUGAUCCAAAACAAUAACAGUGUUGUUUCGAGUUAUUAAGUAGACGAGUGUGUGCUAGCUGUAUAAGUACAUGUAUUAUACUUUAUCAUAGGAUUAUUGUUAAAUGGCCUCCAUUUUCUUCCUUACAUAUUCAUUUGGCAUGUUCCAAUGUUUAUAAGAACGUGACCUCGUACUUAUAACCCUCUAUAUUAUAAUAAUAUGUCUUCCUUAUUCCAACGACUCGAAAAUAUAUAUACACACACAUUGCAUAUCACUACAGCGGUGGCGUGGGCGUUUGACACCCUGUCAGCGCAAGAUCAAUGUUUUCAAACCACUAACAAGAAAACAACUCGUGGUAUUUUAAAGAUAAUAUAUUGAAGUAUAUGAACGUUGCGUACGGCUGUUUAAAAAAAAAAAAAAAUAUAUAUAUAGAAAAUAUAAUAAUUUUUUGUCUUUGCCAUCUUUCGGAACAAAACAUUUAAAAUAACCACUAUUCAAUGGAUAUAUAAACGACAGGAAUUAAUUGUUUGAAAAUUAUAUAUUUGAAUGCUGUAUUUUCGAACUUCAAGUGUUUGAAAAGUUACAAAUUGUCAAACAACGAAUCACGUAUUUUAAUCAAUUUCAUAAAAUAUUUGAAUUACAGUUUUAAUAAAAAUUUGAACAAAUUUUAAAAUGUAUAAUGUUUGUUCUAUUGAAAUCCUAUCAUAUAUGGCUAAAAUAUAAUAUGAACCAUUGUUACUUCAUUCUAUUUAACUUUCAGUCGAUAGCAUCUAUUCAUUGAUACGCGGAAUGACUUUCGACCGGUUGAUCAACGAUUACCUAUAAUUUAUAAUGGAGUUAAUUAGCUAAUAUUCACAAGUUGACGUUAUUUUCACAGACUUCUUUAAGGCCUUUGAUUGUGUAAAUCAUUGUAUAUUCAUUCAAAUUCUUUUAAAUUUGGUUUUUUUUCGUGGUUUUCUUGGGUAAAAGUACAAAAUAUGUUAACUCCUCUAACAUUAUUGUUCCUACUCCAAGUCUAUCACCGUUAUUUUUUUCUCUACUCGUCUAUGGUGUAUCUUCUGUUCUACAACAUGCCAGACUGCUCAUAUUUGCCGAUGAUAUAUUAAACUUUAUAGUUAGGCGUGUUAGGGUUAUUCAUGACACCUUCCUUCUUUAUUCUAACCUAAACCGUUUAGUAUACUAUUGGGGCAACUCCAUUGAUUUUACAUUUAACAUCUCCAAAUAUCAACAAAUGUCUUACCUACGUAAUUCUCAUCGAACUAUAUUUAAUUACACUAUAAAUGGUCUUCUAUUAACAUCUACAGUUUCCAAUAAAGAACUUCGAUUUUGUCUCUUAUGCUAAAGUUACACUUAGAAGAAAUCUGCUAUUUAGCAUUUGAAAUCUUUGAAUUCAUCUAAAGAAUACUGUCAGAGAUUAAAUUUAAUCAUUCAAUUUUUACUGCUUCUUAGUUCGUACUUUACUCAAUUAUGAAUCUAUACUGUGGGGCUCCUCCAUAGCUCUUGAUUCGAUAGCAAUUAAAAUAGUCCACUUUAGAUCUUGUCUAUAUUAUAAAGAUCUACUACACCUUUCACGAUUAUGAUCUAAUUAGCUCUUUUCUAAAUCUCCAUAGUUCCGCUGACUGUAAAUGUACUCUGAAUCGUUCUUUCCUAAAAAAAUAUUUUCGGGUAAAAUUGAAUCCCCUGCACUUCUAUCUAAAAUUAAUUUUGAGAUCCUUUUUCGUCAGACAAUAUCAAUCAUAUCCUUUUAUAUUGUCAUAUUCUCUUCAAAUUAUUUACUAAACUCUUCAUUUUUCAGUCUUAUGCAUCUUGUAAAUGAAGACCCUACCUUUUUAAACUCAUUACUAUGUACAUACUAUAUAUAUGUGUAUGUUUAUAUAUUUUCAUUCAUAAGUAAUCUAUUUGAAACGGUAUUAUAAGUAUUUAAUAUAUCAAUUCUAUAUUUUAUUUUUUUUAUUAUUAUUUAAAAUUUAACUUUUUGUAAUUUAUCUUAAUUUCUAUGAAUCAUCAAAUAGUUUAUUGAUCAUCCACUAUUUACAAAUGUUGUAAACCUACAUUUUGGGUUUAUUCUGUAAAGACAUAAAAUUAACAGAUACUAAAAAUGUAAAUGCUACGUAAUAAAAAUAAACUAAAAUUUGAAAUUAUAUAAUAUUUCUUUUAGAAACUUACAAAUACCGUAAACGUGGUUUUUGAAUCUAAUAAUUAAAACAUCUGUAAUCCGUCAUUCUUUUUCUUCAUUAAAUAUUUUUAUCUUUUUAUUUGUUCGGCCUUGAAUGAUUAUUUGCUAUGGAAUUUAAAGCUUUAUUCUCAUCAAUUUGUAAAUUCCUGGUUGUUUGGAUAUUAAUCUGAGAGCUAUUUUGGUAUGAUUUCUGUGUUUUGAAUAUAUAAUCUUUCAAAUACAUGAUUUUGAAAUAAUUGACUCCCUCCUGUAUUACACUGUGUUUCGCUAAAAUAGUAAUACGAUAAAUACUUCAACGGGUUGUACUCGGAUCGGAAUGGGGUUUUUCUUGGAAGAAUCAUAGUAUCAAAAUACACAAUUAAAAUUCUAAAAAUGUAAGUUUUAUCGCUCAUCAUGACGUGUGUACGUAAUAAUAAGGAUUGAAAUUGGUUGAAAAUGUGUAUUUUGUAUAUGUACUCUUUACCUUACUAAAAACAAUUCAUUUUAAUCUUAGAGUCUAGCUGAAAUAUUUCGUAUUACCAUUUAAAUGAAACACCUCUGAUACUACUGUAUAUGAAUAUAUAGGGAGUAAUUUAAUAAUUUUUUUAUGAACGCUCGUUUUGCUUAUAUGUCACGGCAUCACUAACGAUGGAUUUUAAUUUGCGAGUUAAAUUAUAUACGUCAUAUGACAUUUAAUACUGCAGAUUGUGUUAGUUAUUAUUGCUACAUUUUUUUUCCGAUCGCAUAAUACGAAUAUUAAUAAAUACAAAAAUACAUCAUGGUUAUUUAUACGGUAAUAAGAAAUCAGUGUGAUUAUCAAUUUAUCUUGUAUAUCAUUUAUUUCGGUGGUUUCAUGAAGCAAUAUUAAUUGUCCUUACGAAAGAUAUUUGUUGUAGUGUAAGAAGUUGUGUGUAUCAGUUACACACAUAUAGGUGCUUACUUACGCAAUUGUAAGUAUUAGUUAUACUAUAGGUUUUUUUUUCGCCUGUAAAUAACUUUUCAACCAUAUACCUUGAUUGAAACAAAACUUAAAAAGAAAUUAUUUAUAGCAUUUUUGAUUUAGCUAGUUUAGGGGUGUAGGUAUUGGGAGUUUUUGAAAUUCUUCUUAACUUUCUUACUAAAUCGAAAAACUGGAAAUUUGUUUAUAAUUUUUUGUUGAAUUCUUGGCUGCAAGGGAAAAAUGCGACUAAUAAUAAUCCGCCCAGAAUCGAUUUUCGUUAGCAAUAGUUUAUCGUUGUAUAAAUAUAAAUUAUUUUUCUUAUACAUAUCGUUCCAUCCAACUUUUAUUUUAAAACAGCGGCACACUUAUCAUCAGCGGUAUCGUCAUUUUUAUUAUAUUAUAAAAUAUUUCUAUAAUAUAUUAUUUUGUUGUGUUAUUUUUAUUUAAUAAUAUAAGCAUUUUUUAAAUUGUAUUUAGUAAAUUUGUAGUGUUAAUAAUACAGUCGGUAUGUAUAUAUGCUUACUAUUUAAUUAGUUAUAUUACGCAUUAUGUAUUAUUAUAUUAUAAUAUACGAUUUGUGUUUUCAAUGUUUAUAUGAUAAUUCAAAUUCCACGGCUUGUUAGCUACAGAAAUUAUACCGCCGCCGCCGUUAUACUUAUACUUUAUAACGUUAUGUAAAAAGGGCCCACGGAGGGGAUACUCGUUAAUAAUUGCGGUCGGCUUGUAUUUAUAAUAUACGUGCUUUAAUUACAAUUUUGUCUUAUGGCUUUCCGAACAAUUUCCAUGGUACAGUUGUCUCGGUGUAUACGGUGUGUAUUCCGGGUGAGUGAUUUAAUUAAACGCGCGGUGUCUGUCUAUAUACGUUAUACGAGAAUAUUAUUAUUAUUAUUAUUAUUAAGAGUUGUGGCUACGUUAUACGAGAAUAUUAUUAUUAUUAAGAGUUGUGGCGAUAAAGAAGAGCAAACAGAAAAGAGUUUUGAAUUUACUUAAACGCGUAUGUAAUAUAAUAAUACAAUUUAUUAUAAUAUAUGUCUAAAUUAAAAUAAUAAUGUUGAGAAUUAAUUGCCAGUGUUUUAUGUACCUACGUAUACAAUACACAUAUAUUUAUAUAAUAUUAUAUAGGCGCAUUAGGCAUGUACGAUAUAUUUUUUUUUUUUUAAAGCAGCCGCCAUGUAAUAUGAUGAUUACAACGGGUUUUAUUUGUCGAAGAAAAUUUAAAUUUAAACUUCCUAUACACACCUAGCUGUCCCGCGCCCGGCGUUGCCCAUGCCAAUUUGUAUUAUUAUUAUUUUACCCAUAUUCAUUUUUGGUUUUGGCCGUGUCAGAAUUGAAUGAAAACAAAUAGAUGGAAAGUGGGUAGUUUACCUUCGGCGGACUAAAUGUGUUCUAUUGUGAAAUUAAUAAAAACUAAUGGUGUAAAUAAUAGUAAUAAUAAUAAUUAUAAUAGUUUUAUUUUCCGUAACGCCAAGGUAACCCUUGAAUAAAUAAAAAUAAAUAAAUAAGCAAUUAGAUAUUCGUACCAAAUAUACUAAAAACCUCUAUUUUACACCCUUAGGGGUUGAAUUUUCAAAAAUCCUUUCUUAGCGGAUGCCUACGCCAUAAUAGUUAUGUGUGCCAAAUUUCAGCCCGAUCCGUCCCGUUGUUUGAGCUAGGCGAUGAUAAAUCAGUCAGUCAGUCAGUCAGGACAUCUUAUUUUAUAUACAUAUAUAGAUUAUCAUUAUUUUAUUAAGCGGCGAAUAUUGAAAGAUGUACUGUACGUGUUUCACUGCAAUGUUAUAAAUAACUGUGAACAGGCUUGAAAUUUAAAUUUAAAAUUUUUGACGUUUUCUAUUUCAAUCUCCCUUUUUUUUUUUUUUUUUUUGUUUAUGUUUGUUCUUAUUAAUGAGUUUUACGUUAUAUUUUAAUUUAAUUGUAUUUGGUAUAAUGAUAAUGAUAUGAUAAUGGUGUCUUACGUUAUGCUGAUCGUGCUGUAUAGAAUCAAUAGGUCACGGCACACGUAUUCUGGCAUAAACUAGUUGUUUUUUGUUUUUUACCAACCGAUAAAAAUAUCCGAAGGCAUACGAAUAUUUGCCCUAUAUAGGUAUACAACUAUUGUAUUUGUACGGUCGGGGCUCCGGGGUCGUUCUGCGUAUGCGAACAACGAUCAAAAUAGCAUGUACUAAAAGCGUUCGAAUAUGCGCGGAAAAUACGACGAAACGAAAAGAAAAUUCGCGUCUUUAUAAAUAGAAAAAUACGACGAAAUUGUCGGGGUUCUUUUUGUCGACGUGUUUUUAUACACAUUUACUAUACACGGAACGUGUUUCGUCUGUUUUACUUACUCGACGGCUUAUUCGGACCGCGUUAGAGUGUUGGAAACACGCGAACCCGACGGGUCCCGGGCCCUCGAACAAUAAACGUAAUUAAACGUGCGUCGCGUAUUGCGUAUUCGAUAUUCUAUGUAUUUUUAUCGACCGACCGGCAACAGCAACAGCAUAUUAUUGCCGAGAGCGGUCGAGAUGGAGGAGUCGGUCGCGUCGUCGUCGUCGCCGUUUGGGUGGGCGCGCGCGGCCGAUUAUUAUUUCGCUAAUAAAUAUGUGCAAAACGGCGCCGGGCCAAAGGAUCGUGCAGACGACUUUUUUCUCGUGUGCGCACGCCGCGGCGUUUUUAUUUUAUUAUAAUUAUCAUUCCCCCCCCCCCCGGACCCGCCACCCUACGCGUAUCGCGUAUAGGUAGCAUUAUAACAAUAAUUGAGACGUUGCAGGUUCGCCCCGCGCUCGCGCGUAUAACGUGCCGCCGGUCGUGAUGCGAACGGCAAUAACACACCGGGGCCCGGACGGCGCGUCGCACGCGAUAUAAUAUUACCCCGAUAAUAGUGGGUACGCGUAACGUUACGCUCGUGCGUGCGGAUACGUACCGGCGCGCAGUGUAACCCCUUUGGAAAUAUUGUGCGCGAUACGCCAACCUGUUAUUAUAUUGUAUUGUGUUGGCAUUAAAUCAGCGCGCGCAGGGUCGGGGCGAGACGGGAACGGCGCGGCGCGCGGACGAGAGAUACGCGGGAGAGAAACGAACGAGCUCUAAUAACAAUAAUGAUAAUAACGGUAACAAUAAUAAUAAUAAUAAUAAUAAUAAUAAUAAUAAUAAUAAUAAUAUUGUAUGUUGUUUAUAGCUGCGGGUUCGCUCGCGGAUCGGGUAAAUUGCCGGAGACGAGUUGGAGCAAAAAAAAAAAAAAAACAAAAAAUUCGUCCGGACGAUAAUGUACAUUUUUUUUUCUACGCUACAUAAGCUAUCUACAGCGUGUACGUGCAGUUAUAGGUCCGGGGCGGGGUUUUUUUUUUUUUUUUUUUUUGUAACCCAAUCGUACACUAUAAUAUAAUAUCGCGGAUAUAUAGGAUAAUAUUUUCGCGAAAAACGACCCGAAAAUUUAUAAUUUUUUUUUUUUUACACGCCCUCGUCGCGGUCGCGGCCGUCAAUAAUCACAGGCCAUAAACGCGUCAGCCGGCCCUCGCGGGCGUGUAAAACCGUCGGAUGUUUAACUCGACGAUUUUCUUUCUUUUUUUUUUAUUUGGUAGAAAAAUAAAAUAUUCCGUAUAGACGAGUACCCAUUUUAAUAUAGUAUAAUCAUCCGCCGCCGUCGUUUACAAAAAUAGAUAUUAUGUAAUAUACUCGUAUACGAUAUUUUUUUUCUUCAAACUUACAAUAUGUUUACUAUUAUUAUUAUUAUUAUGGGUGGUGUACACGAUAUACACGUACUGUGUACGAAGACGUAUAUGUCCGAACAUGUUUUGCACAUUUGGUUUUUUUUUAAAUACAUUUUUAUUUUAAUUUCGGCAAAUUUAUUAUUAUUAUUCCAUCAUGGUGGAUAUUGUAUAUUAUAAUAAUAUUAUUAUAGUUAUGGUUAUUAUCGUAUCUCGUAAACACGUCCCGGUGUAUUUAUAAUAUGCUAACAGAAUUUCUACAAUUUUGUUCUGUUUUAUUUUACGGGUUUGUAUAUAAUAUCGUAGUUUGCCAACGUGUUAAGAUAAUUUUUUUGAAUAGAGUAGUAGUCGGUUUAAAUUUAAAUUUCAAAUAACUCUCUGACUUAAUCCGUUAUUGUUAUAUAUUAUGUUAUAUAAUAUACGGAUAAGAAAAAGAAAAGUUAACUUUUGAUUUCUUCCGUUGUUAUUUAAAUACAAUUUUAAAUUUAUAUUUCAAACGCAAUACCGAUUAACUUUGUGAUUGAUCGUUUUGAAUGUUUUCAUUAUUUUCGUUUUGUAUUAGACAAUAGUGAUUGCUGUAUACAACAGCGUGUACAACGAGUAUUUGUAAUGAUAUGCUAUUUAAGCUAUCAUACAUUAUGNACAUAACUAGGCACUCCCCGCCAUAUUUUCGUAUUACUACAUAUUCAUAAACAAAUUACAGAAAAAAACUACCAAAAAUUAAAAUUCUUUAAAAGCUCAAAAGUUUUGGCAAUGAUACCGUAAGAAAGUAAAUCAAAAAAGGCAACAAAAAAGAGGGCUUGUGAUUUUUCGAUUAAAUCAUUUUUGUUGGUAGAAAACGUCGUCCGUGUUUUUAUAAUAUAAUGAAAUCGUGAAAUUUUACGUUUUCCUACGUUUUUCUCUCCUUCGAGAGCAUUUAUUUAAAAAAUCCCUUUUUUUAAAAGUAUAAUACAGACAACUUGAGCUUUCAGAAAAAGGUGCUACAUUAAUACAUCGGAGUACAUUACACACGGAUUAAUACACUAGAAAAAAACGUGUCCACAGAUUAGAACAAUGAACAAAAAAGUAGAAGAAGAAAUAAACAGUAUUGUAAAACCAAUUGCUCCCUCGCUACGCUUGGAAUCUAAAAUUGUUUAUAAAACACAGGUGCACUCGUGUUACGUAUAAGUUUGUUAUUUGAUUAGGUCAUUUAGUUUAAUUUUUCAACGUACAGGUUUUUAGGUUAACAAAAUCAAAAGGAUAAUAAAACAUUUAACGUAACUUCUACAACUUGUUUCUAAUAUUAUAAGAAAGUUAUUAUUUUCACGGAAUAACUUCCGGUUUGACCUAGUUGUAAACUUUGUGAAUUUCGAAAACCUAACUCCGAAUCUAAUUUUAUCAGUUUUUCAGAACAAAUAUAUAAUUUAACUUUGAUAUUGGUUAGAAAUUUCGAGUGACUUGCUCAGCUUUAUUGACAGGUAUGUAGAAGGUGUCUUAUUGUGUUUUCUAAUAUUUUUUUGAGUAUUUUAUUUUUUAAAACUAUUUUUCAAUCAUAUAUUGUAUGAGGUGGACUUUCAUAUUUAGAGAAAAAUUAAAUUUAUAUUUUCAUCUCUAAAUCACUAUGUAAAACAACUUUUUAUUUGCUCAUUUUUCAAAAUUUUCAAAAUAGCUACUUUGCAAUAGAUAUUAUUAUGGAACCUUUAAUCUAACAUCCAUAGAUAGUUAUAAUACAUAUACUUAGUAAUAGCCGUUUUAGUUUCUAGAGAAAAGGUAUAAACAAAAUUAUAUUCAGUAGGUGUUACUAUUACGUAACACAAUGAAGAAUAACAAUCGCAGCACUAAAAAAAUAAUAACCACGAUAGAUAAUUUUAAUUUAUACACAUCCCUUCUCUAGAAAUUUAAACGGCUAUGACUAAAAACCUAUCGAAUCUGUUAUAUGUAUGUUUGAUAUAUUAAUUUUUUUGAGCAUAAUAUGUAUAGCGAGGUGGAUACUUUGAAAAUGUUGAAAAGUGAACAAUAAAUAAAAAGUUAUUUUUCAUUAUUGAUUAUGGGGUGUAAAUAAAAAGUUAAUUUUUCUCCAAAACUAUGACGCCCUCACACAAAGUCCGAUUGAAAAAAAUAAAAAUAUUUGAAUAUUAACAAAGAUAUACAAGAUAUCGUUAGUUCAUCAAAUCGAUCGUUUUGCUACCUAUAUAAUAUGUUACGAAUUAUUUUCUCCCGUUGUUUCUUGAGACAUUGACUUUAUAUACAACCACACUAAACAACAAAAAUACUACCGCAUUAUAGGGCAAUUAUGUAUGGAGCUUUCAAUUCAGUAAUUGUCUCAGCCACACAUUUUCCAUAUUUGAGUUAAUGACAUUAAUAUAGCUACUAAACUAGAUCGUAAAAUUCAAUCCGUAAACGGACUAAGUCAUCAUCUUUAUUUAAUAUUCACUAGAUGACAGCACCUAAAUCGUCAUUGCAUUAUAAAGUUAUAAAUAUUUUUAAGAAUAAGAAUGGAGAUGAAGAAUGGUGGACUAAUGGAGAAUGGAAUGAGAUUAGUCCGUUAUUGCACCGAAGGCCUCAUAUUAAGAUAAUAUAUCGACCAAAAUCCUAUUAACAGAAGUUUAUUAACCGUGGUCAUCGAUCACCGCGGCCGCGACACAAUCGACCAACUCGUAUUGCCUAUGUAAUAUCUAUACACACACACACAUGUAAACGGUGAUCAUACAAUGCUAUUAUUAUUCUUCGGUUUUGAAACGAGUGAACGUAUUUUGUUUUGUUUCUUUUUUCGUUUUUUAUCCUCCCUCUGAAUGAUUAAACGAUUUGGCCUCCGGAGCCGCCACAUCGACACAACACACAAACGACAACCAUUAACACUCUUAACGACUUGGCCGAAUCGGUUCGAUUAUAAUAUUAGAUAUUAUCGAGUACACUACUUUUCAACAGCCGCCGUUUACCUACCUACCAUCCUAUGCCUAUUUGAUGUACGUACCGCACUGAUAUUCUUGCCAUCAGAUGCUAUACGGAAGAUAAAUUUCAGUUCUUGUUUAAUACCGUUUUUUGAGUAUAACAUAUUAUAUAAGAAUAAAAGUAAUUGAGACAUUUUUUUCCUUUUUAUAAUUUUUAAGGCGAGCCGUUACCUAACACCGUCUAUCUAGUAUAUUUUGGUUCAAAAUAGGGUGGGUGGGUUGUCAUUAUUACAUGUUGUUAAAAAAACCCGUGUAAAUUGCAUUUAUUGUCUUAUCUAAUAUGUUUUUUUUGUUAAUAAUGUAUCAAUGACGGUAAUAUAUUAUUAUUAAAUCGGGUUGACGACACUGUUUUAUGUAGAAUUCCACGGUUACCGUUUGAUGUGUACAAGUUUGUGAUAAAGUCAACAACCAGACAAAUUUAUUCGAAUGUAUCGUAUAAUAUAUUUCAAUAAUUUAAGAUAACAUCACCUCUAAAAUGUAUUUAAAAUAAAAAAAAAAAACGAGAUGUAUCGCGUGACCGCUGUGUUUUUUUGAUUUCCUGUAAAGUUGAUAAAAACGAAAUAUUUGGCGUUUAUUUGUAUGUUGUACAAUUUUAUAUAGCGACUCAUAUUAUAUUAACAAUGAUUUGUCAAUAAUUCUACGAAUUUAUUAUUUAUCAUCUAAAUCUAAAGAUCUAUCGUUUUUGUUUUAUAUACGUUAAACACGUCUGUGCGUCUGUAGACAAAUAAACGAUAUGUGUCGAAUGUCGAUUAAUUUUCAAUCUAUACUUAUACAUAAAUCCACAAUCUAUAAGUUAUAUUUAAUUAUAUUUAAACAUAUAAUGUAAACCAUUUAAGAUUUAAAUGUAUAACAAUUAAAAAGGAUAUUAUUUAUAGUAAUUUAUUAUUAUUGUAUAUAUCUCCGCGUAAUGCGUAUCGUAAAUAAUUAUAAUAUUUUAAUAUUCUAAAUAUCGGUUUGGAGAACGUACAGGAACCUCCCUUUUUUUAAAUAUUUUGGUAGGUAUUAUGCGUAUAUAAUUUUACGAAGUGCAAUCUCCAUAAAAAUAUCAUCAUCAUAAGCGCCAAUUAACGUCUAUACAAAUCCAACGAUAAUUUUCUCCGAUAUAUUAAUUAGAAAGCCCAUGUACUAUAUAUAUAUAUAAGUAUACGUGUAAUAAUUAUGAUGUUACAAACAUAAUAUUAUGUUUACGUUUCUUAUGUUAUUAUCUUGUUUUUUAAUUUUUUUUUUUUUAAAAGUUUAUUAAAUUUUCUCAUCAUCGGUCAAUAGGUUAUGCAUUAUGUACAUGUAGGUACUUGUAUGUAUAUAUUUUUUUCUUGUUCCAUUAAUGCGUAUUAAUCAAUGAAGAUGACGUGGAACGAGAAAUAUGAAACAAAUUUUAUGUGUGAAUGCAUUAACAAUUCGAGAUGUAGUACAACAUUUUACUUGUUGUUUAUAUGUGUAUUUUCAAUAAAUAUUGCGGCGUAAAAUAUUUUCGUGGAUUGAAUGAUUCUAUAUUUUCACGAUUCUAAUAUCGGUGAAAAUCGUGUUUAGAAGUCAAAAGGUUAACCAUAAUAUGCAUAAUGCAUAAUAUAUACUUAUUAUACGUCCAACUAUGUAUAAGUCGAAUGAAUAAUGUUAAAAAUAUACGCAAUUAUUUUGACUUCCUGUGGCUUGAAAUUGUAUAGCCUGUAGUUAAAUAGUUUCGGAUUUACGUCAAAUCUAAUUUAAAUUUAAUAACCAUGUUUAAAUUAAAUCUUCACGUUGAAGUUUUUUUUUUGUGUAGCUUGAUAAUUUUAAAUUAUAUUACUGUUUUUGUUUAGUAAACAAAUUAAAUAUUUUAAUUUUACGAUAUUAUUAUGAUCAACGAAUAUUCUAACUUUUGAGCGAGGUAGUUGUUAAAAGACGGUUUUUCUUUUUCUAAAAAAAAUUACUUCUCGGUGUAGUUAUAAAAACACUCGAAAAAGUUUAUUUAAUCUAAAGCAGGUACUUACUUACUUUUAUGAUAUGUAAAUUGUCUUGUGAAUUUAUCAGACAAUGCGAGACCACCGCCUGAAAUAUUUAGCCUAUAACUUUAACUUUUAAAAUCGUAUUUAAUUGGAAUUUCAGCUGUUUUUCUUUUUUUUUUUUUUAAAUCCGGUAAAUGUUUGAAAAUCGUAUACCUUCGGAGCGUUAUUGUACGUAGUGAGUUCAAUUUUCCUGAGAUCACUUGAAGAUCUUCUCGGUCAAGUGGAUCGGUUCUUCCGUACACAACGACACGAUUGCGUUGUUUUCCAUUAGAGAAUAUUUUUUGAACGAAUAACAAGAGAGAAAAAAAAUGAUAGUCCACCGAUUUAAAUCUCCGUUCUUUAUUAUUAUUAAAUACACCGGUUGAACCGAUUCCGUGAGGCGAUAAGAAGCUGGUGAAAAAAAAAUCGGACACACCACUUUCAUCGUAAAAUUUAAUUGCCUAUAGGUUUAAUACUUUUUUCAGACCCAUUGUCCAGAAGAACUGCUUGUGUGUUGUAUUUUUUCCCCUUCUUCCAAUGCGCAGCAGUGUAGAUUACCGACGGAGAUAAUGCACUCAUCGGUUUGUCUGUGUUACUAAAAAUCGUAUUUUCUUUUUCGUGAUACUUUUUUUCAAUAAGUAAGUAUACACACAGGAUACCUACGCCGCGUUCCAUUUCUGUAUAUUUACUCACCGAAAACCGAACAUAAAUAAUUUAUCCGGUUCUCCAAUCUGAUAAUCAACGAACACGGAAUUUACACGGGUAAACGGUUGUUUGCGCAUCGUUUUCCGUCUCGUUAAAUUUAGAUAUUGAUACUGCUGCGCAAAUUGCAGACGGCUUUCGGACUUUUGGCCAGUUUUUUAAAACCGUAGGUACUAACUCUUUGGGUAUCGGCGAACGCAGUCUUGUUAUAUAACAAAAGGUGAUUUUUUUUUUUAUCACGAACUACAGCGAUUUUUUUGAUUUUUUCAGACGUUUUACUGAAUUUAAUGAUCCAAUUUACAAUUUACAAACAUUUUUUCAAUAUUUUACGAUAAUAUACCUAUACCUUUUACUAUAAAUAAAUACUAUCAAUUUUUGAUUUUUAAACAGCUCUAUCCAAAUCAGUAUAAACUCUGGAGAUUUGAAAAGUGAAUAUUUUUCUGAACAAGUUGAUAACUGUACUAUACCGCCGCUGCAGUCAAACUUAUAACAGUGUUUAAAGUUUAGAAAUAUUUUAACAGCGUUAUUGUAAAUAUUAAAAACACCUUUAAGUAUAGCCCGUUUCAUUAUGGAACUGAAUUCCCCUGACUAUUUUUCAUAAUAGAAAAUAAUAUAUUAAUAAUUAAUUAAUAAUAAUUAGAGAUGGCUGGUACUAAAUAUUUAGAAUUCGAUACACGAUACUCGUUUUAUUUCGAUAUUUGAUACUUGAUUCUCGAUAACUUAAUUUAAAAAUAAAACAAAGUACAAAUAUAAUAUAUUAUGUUUAUUGGUAGUUAGAACCUCCAAAGGCACAUCGUUUAUACUAAAGUCAUUUUUUUAUUAUGGGUAAAAUCCAAAAUCGGCAAAUCUCAAAAAUGCCCAAGAAAAACGCAAGUAUCCAUCACGAUACUUGGGCUAAACCAUAUAGCGUCUAUACAUUUCUAUUUUCACAGCAAAUAAGUACCAAAUUAAUACUGAGGACAGUGAGUGUUUUAAUAUAAUAUGUAAUAUUAGCAAUAAAUAAACAAAUAUAUUUUUCGUAUUUUUACAAUUAAAGGUGCUAACAUUUUAAAUUCUUAAAUUUAUUCAUAUUUAGUUAUAUUGGAAUAAUAAUAUUUAUUUGUAAAAAUAAUAAAAAAAAAAAAUGGUAUCUACUUACUGUGAAAAAUAGAAAUUAUGGAUACUAAUGUUUUGCCCAAGAAGUUGGUCACUAGUAUUUAUAGGUUUACCCGAGCAAAAACUGAAAUAUGAUAUUUUACCAAAGUAUCUUGGAUACUUCGCGUUUUGCCCGGAAAUUUCUGAGAUUUGUCCGAUUUCGGCUUUUCUCCGUAACAUAUACAAAAUCUAAUCUCUGUAGCUUAAUUCGGGGGAUCUGACGGGGGUCUAAAAAGCUACAAAAACACCCUGCUUCCGUUACAACGUGGUUUAAUUCGUAUUGAAAUUCAAUUUGACUUUUAUCACGUCAUUUGCCAACUAAACAUCUCUCAUUAUCGGAUUUGAGCUCGUUUGGGCCAGAGAGAACCACUAUAAAUAUUCAAAAGUAGCGGGGAAAAGAUAUAUAUAUAUGUGUGUGUGUAAAAGACAAAAUACAGUGCAAAUAGUCUCUAUUUUUGGGGGAAAUUCGUGACAGUAAAGGAUCGUGGUCUGACGGUUUUGAAAAUAUUCGAAUAAAAUCAAUAUUAACAAAUAUCUAUCGCUCUCGAAACCUUCAUAAAACUGAUUAUCCGCCUCCCAUUCGCGCGGACAGAAGAAUCGCCUUGUAUACGCGACCAGGUAGGUCGUGGCUACAGUUAUUAUUAUAUUCGUAUCGGGUGUUUUUCGCUCGUUUAUCGUUAUUUAUAUUCGGUUUUGCGCGGCGGUUGCGGCAUCGCCUAUAAUAUCUGAUCGGCAGGUACAAACGAGCGGAUGGCAUCGCGUGGCACCUGUUGUGGGACCAUACUAUGUGUAUGCGUACGAGCGCGCGUAGCUGCACUACUGUCACGGAUCGAAAUCGGCCCCGUAUUUUGCUCCGGCCGCCAGAUUGUAUCGAGUCCGAUGACGCUAAACACAAUAUCCUGCUCGCCCGCGUUUUACCACGGCCUUUGGGUUGUCUCGGUAUAAUAGUAUACGUAUAAUAUAUACUUAACGAUGAAAAGUGGCGAGUAGCCGCUAUCUCGUAUUAUAUUACAACGUAUACCUCGGUACGCGCGGUGCUGCCCUGCGCAUUAUAAUACGAAUGAACAAUAAUAUUAUAUAUACGAUAAAUAUUAUAAUAUAUAAUAACAAUGACUAUGUACGAUGCACGCGACUGUCUUAAGUAUACAUAUAUUAUAUAGUAUUUAUCAAUACGGUGGAUUCGAAGAGGAUGAUACGAAACAUAUAGUACACUGGUGUAUAGUGUUAAUAGUGGACCGUGUGAUGCGAUCAGAAGGAUUUCAAUCGGGACGAAACAUACAUUUUACGAAAUUAUUGCGAGACCUACGACGACGUUCAUGCGGGAGGCACAGAACGCGUUGGGCAGUAUUAAAACAAUAGUUAGAGCAGAAGACGAGCGGAGUAGCAUAUUAUCAUAACAUCGUUUAGAUUUGGUUGAUGAUAAAACGAGAGAGAAAACAGACUGAAGAGUUGGUUCGGACACGUGCGAUGUGAAGAGACGAAUCAGAAGCUGCAGUAAGAAUAUAAAGCUAAUUUAUAUAAUAGUUGCAGAUAAAAUUUAAUGUAAUAUUAAAAUAACAAUGAAGGGCUAAUCUGUGCAAUAACAAGACAAGUCAAAAUUGUUCAAUUGAAGGAAAAAAAUCAUAAAUAUAUGAUGGGAUUAUUUGCCAUAUUUUUGCCCAGAAUUUGAUUGAACCAGACAAGUGACAAGUUUCUACGUAUAUCACUCUGCAUCCGUAAACGGACUUGCAUUAUUGUUGCACCAAAUUAUGGAGCAUUUAUUGCUCUAUUUAUACUAUCGUCUCUAUAUUUGUCGGUUUCAGUAUUUGAGCGUUAAAUUAUCGCAAAAGAAAUAACUGUCGAAAUCGGUUGCGUACAGAUACGUGCCGAUUGCAGAUUGUAUCGGCGGGGCCAAUGACGCUAUAUAAACACAAUAUCCUCGCUUCUUUUUACAUAAUAUUGUUAUGCGGUCGGUCGCGCGGUCUGGGGGCUGUCUACUUAUAACGAGAAGGUGCCGAGAAACCGCCAUAUUAUAUAGUGUUUGAACAGACGGUUUAUAAAUUUAAUAAUAAUAAUACCUAUACGUAUAGUCAGUACGAAGCCUUUUGCGCUUUCGAGUAUUCAGAGUUCAAUAAAAUCCAUUGACGCUAUAAUAUAUACAUAUAUAUUCUUUACUGUUAUUAAUGUACCGCGAUGUAUAUAGGUAUAUGCAUAGGAUCUGUACUGUACAGCUGGUGAUUUGAAGUCGUUGGUCUGACAUAGAAACUCAACAGACGUUUUUUUAAUAUCGAUAAUUUAUAAUGUAUAUAUUAUAUAGUUAUAUUUUUUAUAAAGGUAAUAUUUUUAUGAAUUCCAUCUUGAAAUCAAAGCUCCUGUUGCAUUUUGUUAGAGUAUAAAUUGAUGUUUUGAUUUUUUGGAACAUUACAUAUAAUAUUACCUAUUAAUAGUAUGGUUAUGAAAUAAUCGUAAAUGUUAUUUAAGUGUAUAAUGCUACUGAACGGUUUAUACGAUUAUUAUAUUUACGAUAAAAAAUUAGUUCUUUUUUUGAUUUCUGUUUAGAUAAAUUUCAAUUUAAUGAAAUUCAUCUAUCGAAUUUUUUUAGUUUGGUUAUUCCCCUUGUUGUACUUAGUUUGAAUAGCAUGGAAGUAUAUAAACUGUUACAAUAAGAUUGUUUGCGUUUUACUUAUCUCGUCUCAAACAGAUUAAACACGUUUUAUUUGACAAACAACUUUGACUAAUUUUUGUUUAAGUUGUUAUUUCGUAAGAGCUGUACGCACGUAAUAGUGUAAUAAAACGUUGUAGGCCCUUACAAUUAUUUAACUAAUGAUGAUAGGAUGUGUUAUUAAAAUUUUUAAUACUAUAUAAUACAAAAAAUACAAAUAAAAAAAAAAAAAAAAACAUAAAUGUUAAAAUGUUAAAUAAAUAUUCAAAAUAAAAAUAAGUUAAUAUUAUUCAUGGUUGUUGUAGAUGGGUAAUUGGGCAGGUAGGAUAUAAGGGUAAUUUGGUUUAUAUUACUGUAAGCAACAAUAAAUCAUUGCAAACGAAAAACAAAUCUGAGCGGAAUAGCAUUCUAUCCCUCUCAGAUUUGUUAAUGAGUCGUGUUUUUGUUUUUAAAUUAAAAAUAGUUUUUAAACUAAUUAUUAAUUGUUGUAAUAAAUUGUUUUCACAGAGUUUCAAUAAAAAAAAAAUUAAAAAUGCCCGACUUAACGGGUUAUAUCUAUUUGUAGUGUACUAUAUAGAAUGGAAUGAAAUACAUAAAUGUCCUUUGAUUAUAAAACAGUGCUUAAGGAAAACUCGUGUAAUAUUUAUUAGGGUGUCAAACAUUUCAAAAAUAACCUCUAGGUACAUUACUUUAAUACGUAAUAGUAUACAUGACAUAUUUUGUUUGUAGUAGAAUCUUUGUAGUAGAAUCAAAAAUAAACGUUAUAUCUACUUGCAUGCGUUUACAUCGGAAUAACAUAGUUUAUUUGUAAUUAAUAAUAUUCUGUACACAUACACAUUUCACCUGUUAGCAAUAAUAUACUUUAAGUACACCUGUAAAUUCUUAGAGUAUAACUAAUUUACUCUUAUAAAAUUAAGAAAGAAUAUGUAUGUAUUAUUGUGUUUUUUUUAUUUUCUACUGGGCUACCAUAAAACCAUGUUAAUAUAGCUGCAUGUGUAUGAUAUAAUAACAGAGAGGAGUAUACAGCAAUUGUUUAUGAUUCGGUUCCGGGAACCUUUGUUAGGGUAAUUAUUUGUUAGAAGAAUGAGAAGUAUAGAGAAUAUAAUAUAGUGGGUACAGUAAAACAAAAUUUACUAGCCCCUUACGUAAAUCAUAUUUGUAUAUAUAUUUUUGAAAGAGUGAGCAAGACCGACUGAGAAAGAUAAUAUAUAGGUAGGUACUCGGUGUAUAUAAUAUUAAUGACCGAUUCUAAUGAUAGACUAGAUCAUAAUAAUUAGUCAAUGCUCCGUAUAAUUUCCAUUUUUUUUUUUUUUUUUUUUUAUUAGUAUAAUACUUAUUAAAUAACUUUUUGGAAUCAUAUUCACAUGAUUUAUAUUAUGUUGUUUUAAGAAAACCCUGGAGUUGUAUAAUAACGAUCAUUGUAUAUUAUUCGAUUCCUAGAGUACUUUUUUUUAUUAUAAUUAAUAUAGUUACCUACAUAUAUUUGCGCAUGUUAUGCAAUCAAAAAAUUCUUAUUGAUUAGUGAAAAAGAAAAUCUUACUUUUUGAGAUUUGAUGUUUUUUUUUUCAUAUUAAUAAUCCUAAUAAUCAAAAAUUAGAAUUUAUUGCAGCUCUCCAUACUUUCUUGUUGUAAUUUAGUAAUCCUUUAGAUCCUUGUAUUUUGCCUUAUAUUCAUGUUCUUCGUGAUUUGAUUCACAUAUUCUUAAUUUCAUUCAUUAAUUUCUCUCUUUCUGCGUAUCCUUUAACAUCUCGUUUGUCUAUAGUUGUCAAGUUGUCAUACUUUAGUAUAUUAUAAUAUGUCCUAGGUAUCGUCUUGUCUCUUUUGUUUUAAAAAUAUUUCCAUAUAGUUGCCGUUUUUCCUUGAUUUUUAGUAUUCUUCUGAAGCACCAACAUGAGUAAUUAUAACAUAUAUAAUUCUUAGUACGCAUUUAAUAUAUUUGAAUAAGUUCCAAGUUCUUAAUUUCGUGGGAUAAAUAUAAUAUUUGUUUAUUAUUCUGGUGUAAUUAUUUUAAAUUGUUUUGGGGUUAUAUAUUAUAUGUGUACACAUUAUUAAAUAUAAUAUGUAAGAUGAGUAUAGAAACUAUUUGUCCUAAAAAUUUAUUCCUUUAAGGGUUUUUUGAAAUCGGAUAUUUAUCUUAAAUUUAUUCAUAUAUUCCGUUUUUUUCCUUUCGGUCUUAUAAUAAUUGUAAUUUCAACAAUAAUUAUUCUAUUUGACAUUUUUAUUUUUAUGUGUUUUUUUUUUUUGGUGAGAAUAUAUGUUUUUUUCAUAACAUACUUGUAUUAUUCUUAGAAUAUUUGGAUACUAUUGUGAUUUCUGGUAUCUGAUAUAGUCGCAUUUGAAACACUGUGGAAUUGAAGGAAGACAGAUCAUUUUUACCCCCAGAUAAUUUGUAUUGCAGGUGGUAUGAAUGUUAGGUGGAGAUUUAGCGAUAACGUUUGAGAUAGAAAGAUAUAGAUUGAUAUAUAGGAAGAGAGAGAGAUAGGGUGAGAGAAAGAGAGAGAGAGAGAGUAAGAGAGAGAAAGAAAGGGUUGUGGAUAGCAAAUAGCCAUAUACAAACAUUCAGCUGCAGUAAUCAUUAGUUCAAAAAAUAAUUUGGGAUUUGAGGCGUUAAAAAAAACGUAUUUACCACUCAUUUUAUACUCUUAGCACUGUGAUUAUACGUAUAAUAUAUAGACAGACGCACGUCCGUUCAACACGUAUUUUGUUCUCUUUGUUGUGUAUAGAUAGGCACCUACCGUUAAAGUCUCUUUCGAAAGGUGUCCGAAUCUUGUCGUGUAUUAUAGUAAUAAUAAUAUUAUAAUACCUAUCCGUGCAAUUGUCUUAAACGAUUUUCGUUUUUUUUCUCGGCCAUCCCUAGGAAGUAGCCGGUGCAACAUCAUCGCCAUUCUAAAUAAACGUAAUUAUAGUUUAAAACGGCGUAUACGAGCUUGUUAGAAAAAAAAAAAAAACAAAAACAAAAAUAUUUAUAUAUAUAUAUACACAGUAAAUAACAAGGUGCCAGGUGAACCGGCACUGGUCAGGUCUCGUUAGCAUGGUAUUUAUUAGCCGGGCCAAGCACCUUCCAACACAAACAAGUCCCGACAACCUAUAGUAGGUAUUAUACACGUUUAUAUAUAUAUAUAAACCCGGCGUUUAGUCAUUAAAAUAUCCUGCCGAGCCACCUAUAUAAUAUUGUUAUUUUAAUGUACUCAUGGCUUUUAAUUUUUUUUUAAUAUCUAUUCUAAAAAUUACGCCAAUGAUGUUUUUUUUCCGCCGUAGAGAGGAAGAGGAUGAGGCGAGGGACAAAAUAUCCGAAAAAACCUCUUUAAACGUGUGUUUAGAUUACAUAACGUAUAAAUCAUGUGAUUUGAAAAUACAACACAUUCCGGUCGGCGCGGCGGCGACUGUGAACUGUGGCGGCGUGUAAGAAGGCGGAGUUUUCUUUGCUCGAUGAUAUAUCGUUCAUGGGGUAUAAAGAAAAAAUGUACUGCGAGACAAAUAAAUUCAUAAACUUUGGCGGUUUCUUAUUAUAUUAUAAACCUAUAUACUAUGUAUAAAAUCGAAGAGAUAAGAAUUACCGCAGGCUGCACUGCCUAUAAACUUCAAUGUAUCGAUUUAUUUUUAUAAAAACCGCAACAUCCAUAAUAAAAAUAUAAUAAUAUAAUAGUAUUACGAAUUAUGUAAAAAUAUUCACAACGUUAUGAAAUUUAUUAUAUUUUACGCUACCUACAUAACUUUGCAUACAAUACAGUCUGAACCAGCUGCAGUAGAGAGAAUAAGCGCGUUAUAUUAAUGUUAUUAAAAAUUCAUUUUUUUUUAAAAAAAAAUAUAAAUAUAAUUUAUCUAUAUGUUUUUAAUAGAAAAAUUAUUGAUAAAAUAUAUACAUUUUUUAUACUACUGAUAAAAUUUACAAUAUAGUAUUACCUAUACAUUUAUACUAGUAUAUUCGAUGCAUUUGGAAAGCAAAUAUUGUAUCAGUAUAAUUGCAAGUAAUUUAAUUUGUAUACCUAUUUAAUGUACGCGUACCUAGAGAACCUAUAAAGUAAAAGAUUGAAUAGCAUUUUUAGUUGAUCUAGUAUGUAUAUUCGUUGACUGCCAUUUCGUAUGCUAAUAAAUGUUAUCAUUGAGAAACCGUCAUAGUAGAAUUUGUCGUCUGUUUUUUUAACGGACAAUAUGGACAAAAAUGUGUUUAUGUGAAACAAACUAAAAUGUCCUUAAAAUCGGGUUUAUAGAUAAAAAAAAUAUAUUAUAUGAUUUAUAGAUAUCUACAUUUUGAAGACUAUUACUUCAUCGGCGUUUCUUAAAAUAUUUAUAUUUAAAAAAUUACAGUUCUUUUUUUAAAAAAGGGCGUAAAAUAUGUUUUUUGUACCUUCGAUGGCGAGUUAGAUAUCUGGAGAAUUAUAGAACACCAACUUUAAAAUGUUGUUAAAUACAAAUAUUUUAAUCGGUGUUUUGUUUCUAAACCAAUUUUAGAGACCUUUUAGUUUGUAUUAUGUGAACAUUGCAUUUCUCGAUGAAUUGGUCUUGAGAUAGAAAAUGUAACACUGUCUUAACAUUUCAAAGUUCAUAAUCUUAGCAAAACAACGUAAUUUUAAAUAAAUAAAAAAAAAAUACAUUUUGUUUCAGUAAUUAUAAUUUUAAUAGAUUAUACAUGGAACUAUAAUUACUUAACAUUUUGUGUCUAGUCCGCACUGUUCGAGUGUAAAAUAUGGUAGUUCAUUCAAUAUUUUGAGUCGGUCACUAUUCUGUUAUACGUCUUAGGGAAGAAGGGGUUAAGCCAAUUUUUGUCGUUUGGUUUUUCUUUUAAUUUUAUCUAAUGUAAUUUUUUUCCUUUAUUUUUUGGUCUAAAUUUCAUAAGUGAAUGUGUUUUCAAAAUUUAAAUUGCUUGUAUUGAAAACUAUAAAACAUUUUCUUCUUCCCUGGAACCAAAGAUUAUAUAGGCUCUCUAUACAUAGACGUGCCUAUGCGCAACUGUAAAAGCUACAGAUAUUCACAGAUUUAAUGUAGUAUAAUAUUAUUGAGAAUUUCAUCGUACAUAUUAUUAUUAUUAUUAUUCUGCUACGAGUCGAUCCGUAAAAAACACGUGUCCAGAGCGUAUUAUAUUGUGUGCAAAUCGGAUCGCGCAAUCAGUCGAUCGGACCUCACGUAGAAUUUUAUAUAUAUUAUACGCAUAAUAAAUAUUAUGCGUAUAAUACAUAUUAUUAUAAUAUACAAAUAGUAACAAGGGUUCUCGGUCUAAAUAACAUAUUCAAAUGGAUUAAAAAAAAAACAUGAUAAAUGUGGAUCACCACUCCGCGCGCGCGCGGUCAUAUAAUAUAUAUAAAGGGCGAUCAAUCGAUGACAAAACACACGAUCAACUCACAGGAUGUUUUCGCCAUUGUCUUUUCUCCGUGUCCGCACUAACAAUAGUUAGUCAAAUAAAUAUUAGUAUAGGUACCUUUAUACACAGGUAGUCAAAGAGAAAUUCAUGUUCUCGCGCAUUAUUAUUACGAUGCGCUCAAGAAGAGUUAAUGUAAACACGAUUUUUGUUGAAAAUUUAAUAAUAUUAUGUUACGGUAUGAGUAAUCUAAACAACUGUUAAUAGCGGGUAUUCUUCGCUCGCCAAUAUUUUCUUUGUAAUUAUCAGUAUUUAAUUAUAGGUAUAGUAAAUAAUACGGUAAUAUUAAGUUGUUUUACCACCACAGAUUGGUUAAUGUACUCAUUUUUUUUCGUUUUUGAACACAUAAUUCAUAUUUUGCUGUACAUUAUUAGGAUAGAUCAGCGAAAUAGUAAAUAUUAAUUGGUAGGCAUUUAGAUUUUGUACAUAGUGAGUCACACCAUGAAUUACGGUAAAUCAUAUUUAUUUAUGUUUAUUUUAAACAUAUAAAAGAAUAAAGUUAAAAGACUGCUGAAAAAUGAAAAUGUGAACAGUAUUAUAUUAUAAUACAGUGUUUUAAAUGUAUACGUUAUUUUUUUUUUUGUAAAACUAAAUAAAAAGAUACUUCGCGUUAUUUUUUAAAAUCAAAUAAAUUAUAAAAAACAAAAAAAAGUAAUUAUUUAUAUGUCAAUUACUUAUACCUAUAAUAGUAAUCGUAUAGCACCUUCCUAUAAAAAAAUCCUAAAUCCACCCCUAUUUAAUAGGUCUUCACGGUAACAAAAAAAAAAAAAAAUAAAACAAUUUUUUAUAAUUUAAUCGGUACUUAAUUUGAUUUUAAGUACUAAAAAAUGCCUGGCCAAAUAGAAUGCUUAUCAAUUUAACGCAAGGUUCAUUAUAAUAGUAUUGUACUUAGUGUAAAAAAAAAUCGAACGGAACGUAGUAGAUUUGUUUUUUAUAAUAGUUUUAAUUUUAAUUUUGACGAAAAUAGUAAAAAUCACGUCAUUUUAAAACCCACACGACUGAAUUACGACUCUAUUGUAGCUGUAGUGCUUAUAUUAUUUUUUUAAAUCACCGUACUGCAGGUACAUUUAUUACGAACCGUGAUAAAUUCAAGUGAAAAAACUUCCCCGACAAAUAUUCAAUUUUAUUACUUGAUAAUUUAGGUAGAUGUAUAUAUUACACAAACUGCGUACAGUAAUGAUUUUUCUUUCAAACGAUGAGAAAAAAAAAUGUAUACCAAGUGUGAAUGUUAAUAGUAUUAUUAUCUUAACCGUUUUCAAGCUUCUGUUUCUUGGCAAUACUAAUAUAAUAAUAAGUAAUAUGCUUAUUAUAGUUAUAAUUAUACCUUACAUUCGUAUGUAGACGCAAAUAAAAUGCAAAUUUUAUUGAGGUUUUUUUUAAACAGGUUGUAAUAAAGACGAAUGCGUUUCGAAUUAUCAUGUGCACUGUGCCCGAAUUAUACCUGUAUCAUUAUUUUGUGCAGUAUUAUUUUAAAUGCUUCCUUUCUUUUAUUGCUAAAUUUAAUUUAAUUUUGCUAAAGGUAAUAUUAUAUUAAAUUCGUUUUUGAUUUUAAUAUACGUGAAUAAUAAUAUAAUUUAUACCUACUUCAAUACCAUGUCGUUUUGGUGUUUUAGAUUCUGAGUGUAGAAAAUAAUGUAUUGGAUUUACUAAGAAGUUUAAUUUUUUUUUUUUUGUAUACUGUGUACAAAAAUUCGACUAUAAACCUUGCUCAGAUAUAUACGCGCGGCACCAUUUUUGAAAGGAAAUUUUGUCUAGAUGGUACUUUUGGGAGGUCAUUUUUUGAUUUUCCAAGCAGUUUUCAUAAUAUCUGGGAAAAACCAAGGUUAAAACGUAAGAAAUCAGUAAAUUUACGAAAAUAAUGCUUUUAUUAUUUUUCAAUUUUGUUAUUUGUUGUAAUUUAGUUAAAAAUAUUCGUAGAGACUUGAAAUUUAGACAGAAAACUUAUAUUUGCCUUUUCUAAACGAGGUAAGCCAUUUUUUAUGUAUUUAUAGAAAUUUUAGUUUUGAGAGUUUUGUACGUAAUAUUUAUUCGGUAGGUACUUUGUGUUAAAAUUGUUAGACUUGAACAGAAAUGCUUGAAAAUUUAAUAGAAAGUUCAUUAAGAGUCUUAUUUUGUGGUAAAAAGAAAAAAAAUUAAGUUUAUUUUUUUUUUAAAGGAGUUUUAAUAUCAAAUUUUGACGAACAAAUUAUGUGGCAGAAAUCUAAUUUUUCAAUUUUUUUUUUUUUGAACACGUGUAUAUUGCCGAUUUAAGAACGAUAGUGAAGUCAGCAUUAAGUGGACUGACUAAGUUUCGAAAUUAUAGCUUUUUGAAGUUCUGAUAUUAUACGGAUAUUAUAUGUUAUGUUAAAUAACUUUCUAUUGUCUCAAGAAUAUUUGUCUUGAUCUAAUAGUUAUUUAUGUCUAUUAUCAUCCAAGGGGUUCCUAGUUCAAUCUAGUGUGACGAAAAAAAUUGUUUGCAUUUUUUUCCCUCUUUUACCUAAACAAGGAAAAACAAAUUUAUUUUUGAUGUACCUAGAGACUUAAGCUAUCACUCCCUUAGACUAUUUUAAUCGCAAAAUAUCCCUCGAUUUCCAUUGUAAACUUGUCAACCAGAAAUCUUGUUUGGAUGUAUCAAGUGUAGCUUAUUUUCUGAAAGGAAAUUUUAUCUUCGUGGUAAUUUAGAGGAAGUCGUUUUUUGAUUGUUUAAGCGGUUUUCAUAACAUUUUAGAAAAACCGGGAUAAAAUGUCGGAAAAACAAUUAAUGUACGAUAUUUAGGUAUUGGUAAAAAAAAUAUUAUGGCCUGUUUUAUCUUAUUUUUUCUGUGUACAAUUUUUCUACCAGAAAUUUCGCUCCAAUUUAAAAUUAUAGCACUUUCUGAUAGAAACCCUGACUGAAAAGGGAUGUAAUUUUUCGAUUUUUUCAGGAGUUUUCCCAAUAAAUGGGAAAAAUCUGAAAAAAGUAUGGGGAAAUCGGUACAAUAUUAAAUAAAUAUUAUUAAAGAAAAUACAUAAUGCCUAUUUAAUUAUUUUACCAUAAUAUGACAAAUAUAUUGCUGACAAAGCAUCACUAUCAACCGAACUGCGUUUAGAAUCGUUUUUUCUUUAGCAAAGGUUUAUUGUUGCUUACAGAUAUACAUUCAAUUAUCAAUAACAGUGGCUGCAACCGUCUCCAUUAUCCUAGAACGUCUUUUUUUUUUUGAAGAUGAUAUUUUUUUUUGUGGUUUUUUUUUAUCGACUGCAAUGUUUAUGCAAUAAAAUUAAAUGCCGGCAAUUUUAGUAGAUAUUAUACUCGUGUAUAGGUACUGGGGCAGACUUAACCAAUAUCAAAUUCCGCCCGUUGUUUUUUUUUGUGUUGUGUAUUUUUCGAGUUUUUUUCUUAGUACUUAUAUGUCUCGCUACAGUCUAUAAAUUUCGUCGACCAAACUGUAAAAUACCGAUGACAGUAUCUGAUAAAAACUGUUUUAAUCCACAAUUCUAUACUAUAUAGUGGUAUUCCUUCUAUAUAAAAUAAUAUACAUUUUUUUUAGCCAUAUUUUCAUUCGUUAUAUAGUAUAUUAUAUUAAUUUUUUUCACACGAACAAAAUAAUACGUUCCCCAAGGUGUUUCUAUAUUAUAUUAUAACUGUAUUUCCUAUAACUAUAGUUAUGCGUAGUUAUUUGAAUAUAAAUUAUAUAUUUUUACUUAUUUAUUUUACAAACUAAAGUUGCCUAUUACUAUUAUAAGUAUAUAAUAUUGUUAUACCAAUUUUUCGAUAUAACUUUAUUCAUUUUAUAAAACUUAAAGAAAAAAAAAUUGUUAUAAUAGAUAAUGGUACGUUGGUUUACUAUUGUUUUUGUGCUAAGUAUCUUGGCUACAUAAAUCUACGGCUGUGAGCUCCGCUUAGAAUCGUUUUUUGUUUGCAACGGUUAAUCGUUGUUUUCAGUAUACCAACUCAAUUUCCCACCGUGACUAAAAUGGUCUAACCACGGUGUGAAGUAUUUCCCGAUUUGUUUUGUUUAAAUGCGUUUAUAAUACUCAGUUAAAAAUUUUCGAUAGAUAAUGUUACAGUUAGCAUACUACAUUUUAGCUAUUCUAUUUCAUGAAAUAUUUAUCAUUUUAUCAUCAUUGUAUCGCAUAUAGUACGACCAUAUAGUAAACCAAUUUUGUCUGAAUAUAUAAAACAUUCGAAUGAUAAUAUUCCGUUUACGUAUUAUACACUGUACCUCUUGGCCAUCAUUUAUAAUAUUGUAUAAUUUAAAUAUUUCAAAAAUAAUAAUAAAUAAUUUUAAUGACGCCCCCUGUAUAUAUUUAUAUAUACAAAUACCAAAACUAUACGCACUGCACAUUAUUAUAACGUACCUACCUUAUAUAUAUUAUUAUAUUCUUGUCUUUACCUUUUAUGUACUUGAAUUCACUUAUAAUAUUUUAAUAUAAAUUACAAAAAGGUAAACAAUAUCGCGGUAUAACGGGUGGUACAUACGGUUUUAUAUAAAAGCGGUUUAUUUCCUUUUUUAACGGAAUUUAUUUUUAAUCAUAUUUCGUUUUUUCGCCUCCUAUAUUAUAGGCGAUUGUAAAAUAAAAUAAUAUCACAUCGCACAUUCAUGUAUGCAAGGAACUAAAAAAAAAAAAUACAGAUACCAACAAUACUGUUUAUUCUGCGCAUUUAAAAGUUGUCGCAUCGUGUUUGCGGAUUUUGCGUUUUUAUACUUCGAUAUAGUAUAAUGUAGAUAAAGUGUAUACAAAGUUUUAUUUCAUUUUUCCAUCGUGGUUAUUGGUUAUAGAUUCUUUUUUUACAUUGAAGUAUUCAAAAAUUUGAAGUGGUGAUUCUCGCGCGACAGCUGCUAUAGGGCGACGACGGUACAAUUUCGUGUACGUUUUAUUACAUUAUUACCUUAUUUUUUCUUUUUAAUAUGAUUUUCUCCAUUAUAUUAUAUAGCAAUAUUGCGGUCAUAAAUACAUAAACCACCUUUCCAUCACCCAGCAGCAGUAAACAACAUGUGCCAGGCGCCUCUUUUUAGGUAUAUAUGUUUCUAAGCCCGCGGCUCCAUAAAUCCACAUCUUUUUGUUAUUAUUAUUAUUGUGCACCUAAACCUACAAUUAGCUUCGUAUAUUGGGAUAUUAAUCGCGUUAUAACAAGGUAGGUAUCCCUCGGAAAAAAAAAUACGAUUCGAUUAUAUUUUAACCCUAUAUUUAAGGUUACAUUAUCCAUAACAAUGUCUAGAAAGGGCUUUAUAUAAUAGUACUGCAGUUUUGAAGGAAAUUACCUACCGAAAUAGCAAUAAUUUUUAAAAUUACAUCAUAUGGAAAAGUAUAUCAAAAUAUAUCUCGUAAUAUCUAUACCCACCCACGUAAAUGUUUAAAAUUAGUUUUUAAUAAUACAUAUAGUUUGAUAUAAUAUAACAUAUAGACUGAUUAUGUUAGCGAUGUAAUUUUUAAAUGUAUUAUUCUUAUUGGGAGCGAAUACACUGGAAUCAUUUAGUUCAGUUCUGUCGUAUUCCGAAUGUGACGGAUUAGUCAAGAAUUUUGACGUUAAAUCAGUAUUUUUCGUUCAGUUGCUUAAAUACGUGUUUUGACAUUGUUCGUCUUUAGUCAAUUUUAUUAAUAGAUGACAAAAAUCGGUGUACGAUAGAAUAAAAAACUGAACUGAACGGAAUAUAACUAAGACAUUUAGUGUGCUCCUUAUUAUAAUAUUUGUUCUGAAAUUAUCGUAUUAGUGUAUUACAUUCAAAUAACCGUAUUUUUAAAACAUUAAAUUAUUGAUUUACUGUUAUAGAAAUCGUACGUUAUUGUCGAUUGUUCCCUACUUGUGGAUACAUUUAGUGGCUUAUUUUAGACUAAUUGAAUUUAAAAUAAGAAUUUUCAGAUUUUUUUAUAGGUGGUUUAAAGUUAUAAAUGAUUAGUUGAUCUUCAAUAUGAAUUUUACUAUGUUGUUGUGGAAGGAGGGUGUUUUCUAAAUUUGUACAUCCAUAUAGAUCCACCAAAUGAAGCCAGGGGGAUACAAUUUGUGUAUGCAUGGUAUAAGUAUCAAGGCUGUAUCUUUUAGGGGUUUCAACUUUCGAUCUCCUCUCCAACUAUUUGUAUGCUCAAAUAAUGUUAUGUAUUCACGGGAAAUACCAGGUUUUAAAUACCCCAUGUAUACUUAUCAAAGUAAUGAAAUAUUGUGUAACGGCAACCAGUCGGCUGGAGGAAAAUCGUAUUUUAUUGAUAGAGCUCUGCUGUUCUUAUUAGUUGUUUUUUUUUUUUUUAAAUGUAUAAUAUUUGUAUUAAACCCGGUGCUGUUUGGUUAGGUUAUUCGUGUAAUAUGUGCACAUAUCGUAUACAGUUAUGAUCCGCGGUCGUAACUUUUUGGUCGACAUUGAAUAUUGAAACGGGAGAAUUGCGGGCAGUUGAUCGUGAUUUAAAAAAAUAUAUGGCUUUGAUCGUUUACUCUCACGUAUCUGAUUUAUGGAUGUACUGUCCUGCGGUAAUGUAGUUAUAUAUAGGCUAUAUAGCCUACACUGCAAUUUGAUUUUUUUUUUUUGCUAUUUUCCACCACUAUAUCAGUAAAUAUAUAUAUAUAUGUAUAUGGGUAGGUAGGUAGGUAUGUGGUUUGAAGAUCUUUGAUGUAGAGAAACUCGUUUGGCGAAGGCAUAUUGUUUUUUGUUUUUGUUUUUGAUUUUUUUUUUUCCGUUUCGUAUUAUCACAUGUCUAUUUUUCCGUGCGACAGACAGGUUGGCGGCGGCCGCGGAUCUAAAUUACAAUUAGUUACUUCUGUUUAAUUGAUCUGUCAUCGGACCGUUGAUUUAUCGGUGUACCGUAAUAAUAAUAAUAUAAUAAUAUUAUUAUCAUUCGCGACGAGAUCACAUUUUCGCGUCUAGUCCGUGGUAACGGUAAACCUCUGUGUCGCUGCGCGCCGCUUUCUCGUGUUCAAUCGUUUACUUUUAUUAUUUUACCGUGUUCAAUCACGAGGUAGGUACUUUUUUCCACCCAAGCUGAAUUAAAUUUAAAAUAAUAAUAUUUUAUACGUGACGAGAAAUAUAGGAGUACCCAAUACAAAAAAAAAAAAAAACCGAGUACUUAUAAUUUAUGUUUUUAACUUUUUUCAUCGAAACCAAAAUAUAAGUUGAUGACGGGCCCGAAAUUUAAUGCGAAAAAUAAAAGAACUGAUACUUUUGAUGUCUGAUAGGUGUGCGACUCUUGUAGUUUGAAAGUUAGGAAAGUAGAAUAAAUAGAGUUAAUUAAUUUAUACCUGUAAGUGAUGAUGAUAAAUUAUUGCUAGUGAAACACUAUUCUAAACGAAAUUCGGUUAAGUAUAAUUUCUAAGAUUUUCGUUAAAACAUAAAAUUCAAAGAGCUUCAAGAUGGAGCAACUACACUACGCCCAAAUUUUUUUUCCCAAAUAUUAAGAAUAAUAUAAAGAAAAUCGAGAAAUAUAACAUGUGCCGAUUAGAUAAAAUUUGCUUUUAAACCUUUGCUUGUGUUUAUUUUAAAUUUCUUAGAAUUAUUUUUGUUACAACGUUCGUCCAUCGACAACCUGUAUAGUCGGAAAUUCCUUCAUAAUGGACAAUCGGAUAUAAUGGCAGAUAUCUCAUUAAUACAAAUGAUAUUAAUAUUCAAUGGUUCGCAAUAUUGCCAGUAUUGACCGGUGUUACCGAUCAAAAAUAUUAUUAAUGUUUUUGGGUUUUAAACUAAACUUAUUUUUUUUUUUAGGGGGACGGGUAUUUGAUAAUAUCUAAUCCCAUUUGUAGAUAAUAGACUGGAAAUGGUCCGGAAUCACUGUAUUAGCGAUAAAUUUAUACAAUACGAACUAUUUUUCAAGUUGUUUUUCAAAAUUAUUUUACGGAAACAAAAGCUACAUGAUAUUGUUAUUAUUGCAUCAAUCAACAUAAAAUAUUGGCUAGUUUUUUCCCCUUAUUCAAUAAGGCUUAUUGUGUUUACACGAUAUAAUAUGUAUUAUAAUAAAUCUAUUCUAAACACUUUCUGAAAACUGUACGAUUCAAGGACAUUUUUGAAUAUAUCUGUUGAUUUUUCACGUGAUAAACUUCAACCUUUUCGAUUUUAUAUAGGUAAGUACAACAAAAGUUGAUGGAUGUACCAUAUACGAUCAUUAUUAUGUCGAGAAACUUGUUAGUUAGUUUAUGUUCCAGUCAGUCUUGUAUUAUAUUUUUUGUCCAUGAUUAUCGUAAUGUCAUAAGUUUAUAAUGAUGUUAAUAUUAUUAUUAAUAAUCGUCUUGCGAUGUAGUAAAAAUUGUAUUUCGAUAAUAAUACGAAUAUUUCGAGGAGACUCAAGUCGGGUUUAAUCAAUUAGACACCACUGUUUGCCAUGUGUGUGUAUCGUAUCAUGUUGGUGACCGCGGUUAGGGUCGUUCGCUAGUUGUACUUAAUCAUUUUGACAAUCAGACUUCGGAAUCUGACGUUAAACUAGGGAAAUUUUCUUUUACGCGGGACGCGCACGCCAUUACACUGACGUAUCCGAAACCCGAUACUUUAAUUUUUUUUUUUUCAGUUAUUUGCUAUGGACAGCCAUACGUAUACUCGUGUGUCUGUUUAUGUUUUUAUACGAGUAUAAAAAUGACCGACUGGAUGAUAUUAUACGAGCUCGUACGUUUAUAUAGCCCACAACCUCAGAUCGUAUAUACGAGAUAACUGGCGGUCGGUUAUUAAUCCACUUCACAGUCAAUUGGAAAUUAAAAAUAAAAACACACACGUCUCGUUCGUUUAUUUUAUAUGAGAUGUAUAUAAAAAUUAAUUUCUUAUGAAAACUAUAAAAUAAUAUGAACCGUUUUACCGUAUCUAUAGUUAUUUGUCAACCUGCCCUGAGAGAAUAAUAAAGUUACUGGAUAAAUAAACUAUUAAUAUUAUUACUACAAAGUAUAAUACCAUGCAGUUUACGACAAUUAAUAUGGUUAUCGUUCAAAUCUAGGAAAGCAUCCUCGUAUGUUAAUUUAAUAAUAUUUAACUCUCGAUCGGGUGUGUAAGUAAAAUCUAUUAUUUUUCUUUAGUAUAUUUUUUCAUCUUAUCCUUUAAAGAUUUAUGAUAAACAAUAACCUUACUCCCAAAUAAAUUUAAUAUUUUCUUUAUAAUAUAAUUUAACGUUAAGUCAUCAUAAUAAUAUUAGGUAAAUAUAGCCCCCUGGUUAUGAAUACAUGUUUCUUCGGUUUAGUGAAUUGUUAGGACCACAAUCUACAUCAACAGUGGCGCAACUAAGAUUCAUCUCGGGGGGGGGGGGGUUAAUAACUUUCAUCAAAUUUCUGUAAUGGUUUUCGGGAUAUUAAAUUACUAAAUAGGGGACGCGCGCGAAGUAAAACAUAUACGUAUUUAAAGUUAUAAUAUAGGUAAUGGUAGUUAUUGCAACACACAUUAUGCAACUAUUAUAUAAGUAUAAUUAAUAAUUAAACGUAAAAAUAUUUUUCGGGAGGGUUGUAACUCUCUUCCUUUGGUUGCGCCACUGUCUGUCAAUAAGAGAUCUAAAUAAACAUUUUAAUAAAUGCUUUGAUACGAGCUGUUGUAACAUAUUAAAUGGUGCAUACAGACUUAGUCAAUAAGAAAAAUCGACGAAAAUAAACUUCUUAUAUUUCUCGUGUUGCCCGAAGAGAAGAUAAUCAAUUUAAUAAAAAAAAAAAAAAAAAAAAACCGCUAUUACAAAUCAACAAUUCGUUUAAAUACUUACUUCAUAAUAUUAUAUGUUUUAAAUAGAAAAACAUUUUCAUCUCAAAUAAUAAGUUUGAAAAUCUAUCGAUAUUAUAAUUGGUUUUUAUAGGUAUUUAUAUAAAUGUAUAUUUGAAAAAAAAAAAUACUACAGUUGGAAAACGAGUAUAUUUGUAAUACUAAACUGUAUUGGUAAAUAAUAUUUAAGUAAUCGUUUUUGGUUUGCUCCAAUACUCAGUUAUAUAUAGUUAUGCAGUGAAUGUAUAAAUCAAAUAAUUUAUUUUCCUGACAAAUAUGUAAAAGCUAAUGUUGUUUUAUUUAAAUCGAGCGCAUAUACAGUUUAAAUGUAUUCAUUUGCAUUUGCAUCAUGAAGAUCAAAAUUAAAACAAUACAGAUAAAGUUUAUAAAAAUAAUAAAAGAAAAAUUGUUAAACUGCAGUAACAUUAUACCAUGAAUAAUAUUAUUAUAAUAUGCAAUUUAAAUUCGUGAGUAUAAUUACAAAUGUUAAAACUGCAGUUUUUAUGUCGAUCCUUGUGUACUGGGUAUAACUUAGCAGUAGUAUUUUUAGAAUGGCUCUGCACUGAAUAUUGUCAUCAAGCAAAAUUAAAAUUAAAUAUCCUCAAAAAAAGACAAUUUAAUAAAAGGAAAUUCAUAAAGCAUUAAUAAGUUAUUAAAAGGGUUGUCAAGGAGUGAUAUGACACCCUCAAACAACCACCCCGAAAGCACGCUCUUGAAACUAUGAAUACCGUUUGAUAACGUAGCAUCAUAAACAUAAUUAUUAUAGGUAGUUUAUUUGGGGAAUUCAUCUUCUGUUAGUUUCGAAAUAUUGUUCGAGUAUUUUUUCGAUAUAGAAAUGUUUUUUUUUUUUUAGGAUAUCUGGACAAGUUUCUAGUGAGAUUUAUAUUUUUUUUCUUAAAUAUUCGAAUUAACACAAUUAUUUAUAAAUUAUUACCCUGCAAGUUAUACCGUGUCCAUGGCACAUACUGCUGCACUGUAGGUACCUACAUUUACGAGAAUCCCAUCGUUGUGUUAUUGUCGCUUAUGAUUUAUACGAUUGCCAUUUGCACUUAAUUGGUUGAGUGAACAUCGUGUUGGCCGGUAAAAAAAAAAAAAAUAAAAAAUACUAGCCAUCGUUAAAAAAGUUUGCACGGAGCAAAAUGUUAAUUGAAAAUUAUUAUUAAUAAUGGUCGUCUUAGAGGUACCUAUAUCAUAUAUUUAUUCCGAGUAUUUAUAUGUACGGCAAUGUAAUUUUGUAUACAUGGAAAUUUUUAUUUUAAUAAAUAGAUCGUCCAAUAAAGUGAUCGUGUGUCGCCAUUUGUCACGGGGCGCCUUCGGGUGCCCCCCCGUAGUGAUGAGACGCGUACGUGUUCCUCACACACUGAUGUAUGACUUUUUAAAAUUUUAAUCUAAAAAAAAAAAAGGAAAAUGUGUACACAACCGAAAAAAUUAUAAUAUGUAUGUAUACCAAAGACCGCCCGCGAGUGUCCAACGUGUUUUUUUUUUUUAUUAUUAUUAUUCCCUAAUUUAUUCCAACUUCUUUUUCUAUAAAAUAUACGAAACCUAUUAAUUAUGCCAUGUUUGAUCGUGUGAAUUUUUUUUAUUAUUAUUUUUUUUUUAACAAACCGUUUUGCCGUCGAAACACAAUUUACGCGUGCGAUAUAUUUUAUGAUGAAUAAUGUGUGCAUCGACUCACUCGCCUAUGUAGUUACCCGUGUUUAUUUUAUUGCACAAUCUAUACUAUAUUUUAUUUUACGAUACGCAUUAAUAAAUUAUUAUUUUUAUUUUUUUUUCUAUUAUAAGGUAUAAUAUUUUGUUAGCGAGUUAGUUUUAAUUAAAUUUGUUCCACACAUAUUUUUUAUUUAUACAUGGAUAUAAUAUUUUAUAACUCGUAUCUAGGGAAUACAUUUGAAAGUAUACGUUGAAGUCAUGCUUAAAUUAUAUCGUAAAAUAUGUAAUCUAAUUCAUUUGUUAUAGGUUUGUUAUUAUUUGUAUUAUUAUUACUAGCCGUCCCGCUUCUGGCGUUGCCCGUGCCAAUGUUUAAAAUUAUUUUUACCUUUAUUCUCGUUUUGCUUUGCCCGCAUCGGUAAAUUGAACGAAAAAAAGUAGUUGGAAAGUGAGUAGUCAAAAAGUAGACUAAAAGUGUUCUAGUGUGGCAUACAUUUUUUUAUCUGUGUUACCAUGGAUACCCGUACAGAACAGGCAUUAAACUAUAUAUCUACUGUAAUAAUGCUAAAAUGAUAAAGAUAUAAUAUUACUAUAGUUUUGUUAGGUACUAUACCAAAAAAUAUAAAGAUUCUAAGAUGACGCUUUACGUAUAUUUACUUUUCACUUUAUUACUUAUUAUGUGUAUUGGAAAUAUUUAAUUUAUACAUCUGCAAUUUUCGUUUGGUUGUAAUAAGUUCUUGAUAAAUUGUAUUUUCACGAAAUUGAUUCGUGUUCAUUUACCGGUUAGGCCGGUUAGGGGACGGCCCUUUGAAACGAUCGAGUACACUAUACGUGUAUAUAACUAAUAAUAUAGUUUUCGAGCGAAAAUCCGAUUACUAUUCGUUUUUGGUCGUGGACUUACAACGCUAUUUAGUCAUACAAUUAGAGAUUGCUCGACCGGCUUGCUCGCGGUGCCGAGCUCGGUAAUAUUCGGUCUUCUAUAUUUAUAAUAAUCAAAUGAUAAUCGGACCGGAUAAAAAGGGGACUCGACUAUAGAGCACGUGAAAUAGGCUAAUUUCCGUUGCAACACAAAGUACAGUGACAACCCUUGCUGCAACUCGUAUAAUAAUACUAUUUGCAUAUUAUUACAUUUGAACACGGAGGUGGUGGAUAAAAUAUUUCGUUGUUAUAUAUUCGCUUUGGAAAUUACUGUUUUUUUGGACAGGGGAGGGUGAGGGUGAGGGUGUGAAUGUCGCACGAAAUCGUCGUUUUCCAUCGGGUCUCUUACCGAGCAAUAACAGGAAGUAACCAUUACGCUGUCGAGUGCUGCAGACGCCUCCCCGUUUUAUAAUAUUAUUUUACGCGGCAGUUUAUUAACCGUAUCUCCAAAAUUACCGGUGGCACUCGGGGGCCGAUACGUUUUUACGUCGUGUGUUAUUUUUUUGAAUUUGAAUUUAGAUAUCCGUAACGGACCUUCUAAUAUUAUACUGCAGCAGGAAACUGUAACGAUUACUAUAGUAUAUUUAUGUUAUUGUUGUGCCUAAAAAGGUACUUUAUGUUCGAACGAUGGAAACGGUCAUGAACACGAUUUGGAAACGACAACGAGAUAAUUUUAUGCGACGACGACGUCGCGGGGCGUAAAGGAAAUAUUAUUAUUGUUUUUUAUUGCGCGACGUCGCCCGACGGUGCCGCUGCUUGCAGUCGCGACGUGCGACGGGCUGUCAACACACGUUACGAUGUCGUCGUUGCAGUCGUCGAGUCUUUGGAAUAUAUAUAUAUAUAUAUAUAUAUAUAUAUAUUAUAGAAGAUAAAAAAACACAAUGCGCGAACUGUUAUAAUACCGCCGUAGCGACUAUAUUAUAAUAUUGCAUGUAGGUACUCGGUAUAAUAUUAUAGCGCACGUUUUUUUUUACUCUAGAAGACCGAUCGAGGCGGCACCGGGCGUGAUCUGUUUAGGCAUACCCGGUAACACUUGUGCUUGUUAGGUGUCAGUGUAGGCAAAGCGUGUGUACACACCAGCUAUAUUGCGGUUAGUGUGUGUUUACUUAUUUCCCGACGUGAAAGUACAUAAAUAUAUAAAUGUAAAUAAUAUUUCAUUAUCAUAACCCAAGUUAAAUGCACAAUACACAUAGCAAUAUAUAGAUACCUAGUGUUUCAGCUGUAAAAAAAUAAAUAUAAUUGCGCGCUUUAUCGAUUAUAAUAUACUCAUAUAUACGCAUAUAAUACUUAUAUAAUACUAAUAAUACUACGUGUUAUAAUCGUUUCUUUAUGUCAUAAAGACAUGAUAAUGUAAAAAUGAAAAAAAAAAAACGGCCGAUACUAAAAUAAUAAAAUCCAAAAAUUAUCAUUUGAAUAAUCGUCACUUAUAAGAAAUAUACUACCUACUCAAUUGUUGUUUAAGUCUUAUUUCAAAAUAUUUUUACUAUCCUUUCACCCAAGUUGUAAUAUUGUAACACCAAUAUUCAAAAAAAAUAUAUAUAAAAUGUAAAUAUGGAUAAGUUUACUAUUAUUUAUUAUAUAUGUGCCUAAUUAUUUUUCUUUAACAAAAAACUAUGUGCUACUGUUUUAGGAUGGAAGUUGGAAGGGAGAGUAUAUGUAUAUAGUAAUUUGAUUUUUAUCUGUACUUAACGAUAGGCCAUUGCUAACCAAAAAUGAUUUUAAGCAGAAUAUUAUUAGUCUCAUUGUUUUCUCCCAUUACAAAGGUAAUCCAGAAAACAACAAAAAUUGUAUAAAUAACUGUCAGUUUUCUCUUUUUAUUAAGAAAAUUACAAGGGAAAUUAAUGAAUGACUAUGUAACAACUAAAUUAAAAAAAGAUGCUACAAGAAAGUUCUUAAAAAGUUUUUAUAUGGAGCAAGAUUUCUGACAAAACAGUUUUUUACAAACACUACAAAAAUACAUCAUAGUAAAAUCAAUAAGAAUCAAAAAUUGUUGCUUUCGUGUAUUAGGUAUAGGUAUAUAGGUAUAUAAAAUAUUUCUAUUGUGGUUAAGUAUUCACGAUAUUUAGGUAUACGCUUAUUGUUAAUAAUAAUAAUUAUAGAUACGUAAAAUAUAUCGUGCAAUAAUUUGCUUUGCGUGAGCAAUGAUACGAUCAGCGAAAUCUUGAAAAAAUAUUUAUUUUGAAAGUGUUAUGGGAAAUUCCUGAACAAAUAAAUAAUUAUAAUAUUCCUAUAUUAAAAUAUAAGUUAUGUAUUUAAAUUUAAAAUGCAUUCCAAAUAAAAUAAAAGAUUAAUCUAUAAACAAUGGUUAUAGAAGUUUAAGCACGUCAUAUUUUACGUCUAGAGAUAAAUCGUUGUCUUUCCCCCCAUCUCUCUGGCCAUCGAACAAGAACUGUUUGCAUAGUCGUGUUUAUACAUUUAGCUCGUAAGUUUCAUGAUCUAUCUCACACUACAAUAUUACGAAUUAUAAUAGUUAAUAAAAUUCAGCACUAUAGUUUAUUAAGGGGCCAUUAUUGUUACGAUUUGUUGCUAAAUCCUAUACUAACUAACACAAUUAGCUGUCAGAUUUUAAAAUGUCAUUAUUGUAAUGCCCUGAUUUGCUAAAUAUUGUCUUUAACUAUAGCAGGUGCUUUUUGUUCGUGUUAAUUUAUUUAGUACUAAGCAACUUGGAUAAUAGGAAAUUAAUACAAUAGAGUAACAUUAUGUGUGUUAUAGUAAAAUUGUCUCAUUUUCGGUUAAUAUAAAAAAGCUAAUUUUAAUAUUAUCUAAUGAAAAUCGGUGCAGCAUUAUUUUAUAUUAAUGCUAUAGCAAUAUAAUAUAAUAGUAAUAAAUUGUUUUCAAACUUAAAGUCUUACCGCUUUAAACCUAUCCUUUAGGCCUAAACUGUACCCUAGUUUAACUGACAGUUAAAAUUUUGCGGGGAAUUGUAACAAAGGCCCUAAAUAUUAUAUACUUAAGUUUAUUAUACGUUAUUGCCUUUAAAAUAAUAUAUAUAUUAUAUACUUAUUAUACUCAUAUAAUAGAUUUUUAUCAAAUAAAAUACAAUAUACCUAAUAUAGGGACAAUUAUUUUCUUUUACACCUGGUAUAAUUUAUUACUGAACAUUUGGUUUUUCGAACAGCUUCUGUUUUAUUGGGGUUUUUCUAAGAAUUUCUUAUACCCUUAUCGUGUCGAUAUUUUGUGUCUUAAUUAGUUCUGUUAGAAUUGUUAGAUUCCUGUUUUUCGAUAACUUCACCGCCUUUUUCGCCAUAAAUAUUGUUCUGCACUGAUGUCACACGCAUUAUCUUUUAUUAUUUAUAUUGUUUUCAUGUUGGACGCCCGUGGAGUUCGGGCUUAUUCGCAUGAAGUUAUUCUGUUUGAUGAUUUAUUAGCCAUACCUACGAAGUGAACGUUUUUUAAUUUUUUUGGUGAUUUCAAACAACUCUGUUAAAAUGUCAAUGUUUGAAAAAUCUACAUCUAUCCAGAUUUAAUGGAUUUGGCAUAUGUGUUAGUUUUAAAAUAAUAUGCAAUAAUUAUAAACACGAACGGUGUGAAUGUACGUAUAUUAAAUAAGCGAUAAUAGUUGGAUCCUGUUGCGAGAAACACUAUAAUCCUCCUGCAACACGCGCAGUAUACUGCUGUCUAACAAUCUGCAAAGGUCCGCAUUGCUGAGGGUCGAUUUUCAUUAAAGGUGGCUCGGAUUACAAAGGGUGUAAAUCUCUGGUCGUGUCAGCACUAUUUGCUGCCGGUCAUCUCGUAUAAUGUUGCAUGACUCUCUUACUAUAGACAAUAUGAUUUAAUCAACCGGCUUAUAUCACCUCCUCUUCAAUUCCGCGGGAAAUCACUUUGCUUUUGGUCAUUAUAUAUCGCAUUGAUGCAGUCUAUCUAAUGCAUAAUGCAUAUAAAAUACCGCUUCUAAAGUACCUAUAUUAUAUACCGUAUUGGCUACUGCCAUUCAGUUGUUAGAUCAGACGAAAACUGUCUGUGCGGGUGAAUAAUACAUUAUACGAACCGUAUCAUAUAUACAUAUAUAUAUUCACUCAAUUUGUUUCCUUCUAUUUGUGUAGGUAAAUUGAUGGUGUAUUAUUUUUAAGGACAACGAUUAUUUUUUGGAUUUAUUAUUCGAAUAAAUUGUGUUAUUAUUUUUGUAUUUUUUGUACAUAUAUAUAUAUUUUUUUUUUUACGGUUAUUGCAGGGGAAACAAUAGCGUUGCAUCAUUAUGAUUAGAGAACAUGAGCUUAUUUUAUUAUUAAUUAUUAUACCUUGCGUUUAAUAUUUAUUUAAUUACAAUAAAUUAUAUAUAUUAUUACAAUAAAACUAAUUAUAUAUGAUAUAUUAUUUCAUAAAUGGUUAAUAAUAAUAUAAUAUAUAUAUGUAUGUGCAUCAAUUAUCUAUAUCAUAUAUUUUUCGAUACUGAGUAUACUGGAUUAGAUGCUAUUAGUUUGACCAAUAUGUGUUUUUUUCUCUUUGAAAAACUUUCUCGGUUAGUAAAAAUGUUUAAAUUUGUUCACUUAGUGCCUUUAUAAUUAUUAAAAGAUGCAGACAUUUUUUUGAAAUUUGAUAUUUUUGGAAUUCGGAACUUUAUUUGAAACAUUUAACUAUAUAGAUGUCAAAACGGUUUUCUAAAAACGAUCUGAUCUGUCAGUAAUGAUUAAUCAUUGCUAAUUAAAUAUGAUUCUGAGCGAAGUUUGGUUAUUCACGUUUUUCGUGAAUCACAAACGAUUUUCGUCAAAAUUUAAUCGUAAAAUGAUUAUCAAAAAACUAAUUCUUUACGUAUAACUUUUUCUUUACCACUCAGUAGAACAUUAUAUAAUGAAUGUUGUGUUUAAUUUUCAAGCAUUUCUGUUAACGUCGUGAUACCGUAUUUGUCCGAUUUUUCAUAUGUUUUUCUAAUUAUUAUGAAAAAUGGAAAAUCGUUAAAUAACCUUUUUAAUGUACUACUAGUUAGACCCAAGGUGACGAAUGACGAUACAUGAUAGUUACAAGAAAAAAUAAACAUUUUUUACCUUAUCAGUUUAUCGAGCUUCGCUCUGAAUCGUUUUUUAAUUUAUCGUUGCAUUGAGCAUAUAUAAUAUACUAACCAAUAAUAGGUAUCUUAUAAUUGCCCAAUUUCUCACCGACAACACUACCAACCACGACAACUAUCAAUAGUGUUAUACAUUAUGCUUUUUAUACAUACAUAAUACAUAUUUAGUAUUCUAGAUUAAUAUUACUAUAAUUACAUAAUGUUCAAACUCUUAUAUGGUAGUUUCGAUAGUAUAUCACAAGACGAUAGUAUUUGCAAAUAUUUAAUUCCUAAUUAUUGCGGAUGAUAACUGUCGUAAAUAUAUUUCCUCAGAACCUUUUGUCUAGGAUCAUCUGAUGCGCGACAUCAAUAACCUUGUAUAUUGUAUUAUAUAGAAACCGGAAUGUUGGCGGCGGUAACCUAAUACUUAACAAACGGUAACCGACAAAUAUUAAUAUUAUUUAAAUAAAAUAGAAUAAUAAUAAUAAUAAAAAAUAACCGUCAACAACAAACUAUCAUUAAUUCACGUGAUGUCUAAUAGUCUUAAAUCCGGACUUGCGGGUAUCCCGCUGCGAAAUCGGAUCCGUUUUGACGUUUAAUCGCUAAGUACGAUUGAGCCGUCUCUAUGUAUGGGGUUUUUUUUCAGCGGCCUCUUCGUUAAAUCAUCGGUGUCGAAUGGGUUAUAAAUGUGUGUGUAUAUUUAUACAUGUGUGUAUGUAGGCAUAAAAAAAACUACGUAAACGUCUAUUGAUAUGACGUAAAAUAUUUUCGUAAGAUACAAGUAUAUAAAAGGUGUACAGUCAUUGUGCUAUAAGUUAAGGUGUAAUACACUCGUCUAAAUUCCCCCAAAUCAAUACAUAUGAGCCUGCAGCGUACAGUUAUUAUUUAAGCGAAUUUUAUGAUUUAAAAUUGAUCAAUAUCCGUCGAAAAUGAUAAAAUUAAUAGCUGGCAGAAAUUUAAACUUUUUUUUAACCAUUUGUGUUCGAAUUGAGGCGAAAUAGAUUUUCUUAGAAAUAAAAAAUGUUACAUGCGUAAUUAUCGUAUAAAAUGACCUGUUGAAUGUACUACAAUAUUAUUUGUGACUUUUGGGGGAAUUCUUCAAAAUGAUAAGUGUUGAAUUUACAUAGUUAUUUAAAAUAUUAAAAUUUGUUUUAAAUUAACAUAAAUUUAAAUUGCAUUAAUACAUUUUGUAUAGUACAAUAUGCAAAAAUAAUUACGUGCAAAUAUAACGUAUGGUAUGUAUGUAUAUACUUCAUAAGAACGUUGAUAAUGAUUUGUACAUUUUACCAAUAAUUUAUGAAAUUUAAUUUCAACCCGACGGUUAUAUUGCAAUAUAAGUAUCAGAAAUGCAAGGAACGCGAUUCGCAUGUAUUUCAUGUGGAAUCCGAGUUAGCAGCAGGAGGUCAUUUUGUGUGCUGAGGUACCCCUAUAUCGACGACUCGACGAAAGAUUUGACGGGAAGGGGAAAUUUACCAAUUGAAAUUCUUAAGUUUAUGACUCUAUUCUGGGUAUACGCGUUCGAAUAAGCUUUGUGCUCGUGAUUAUCCGUUAUGGGUUUCGUGAUUUCUCUAUAAUGUUCUCUUCUCCGUGGCGCGGAAAAUACCCGUGUAUUGACCGUAGAGCUUUAUUGCUAAUGAACGAGUGUUUUCGCAAUAAUGAAAAUACCAUAAAAACUGAAGCCUGCAAUCGCCUAUUACAGUAGACAGAAGUCUGUUUUACGGUCCCGCGGUGUCCAAAGAUAUCCGGAUAAUAUGACGUACGGUAUGACUUAUAAUUAUAAGUCAUACCGUACGUCAUAUAGGCACCACGAUAAAAAUAAAAAAAAACCGUAAAAAAUCAUACUUAACAUAACGUUGCCACAGGUGAAUUUUUCGUUUCUAUACUUCUAACGGGAAAUUUAGUAAAAUCGUGUUUGCAUAAAACAAAUGUGAACACGUGUUAUUUAAAAUUGGUUUUAGGGAUAAAAUGUGUGGAUAAUAGCAUUUUAAAGGCAACAAAGUUGGUGGCGUUUGUUGAAAUAUUAAUUAUUAAAACGUCAUAGUCGAUCACAACAAUGUGAAAUACGAUUUUUUUACCCGGAUAUAUGUUAAUAAAGAUGCUAACGAGGUUGCGUUCAAAAUGGCAUCUAUAUUUAUCUAUUAUUUUAUGAUCGGUGUUUUAUUUUUAAAACCAAAUUUAGAGUUUGUUUUAGGUGAAUAUUGUAUUUUAGCUUCAUUGGUCCGUUACAAACACAGAAAUAGAAAAUGUUUCACUGUCUAAACAUUUUAAAGUUUAUCCCGAUGAAAUAACGUAUAUUUUUUUUUUUUUUUAAAUGAGAAAAUUAAUACAUUUUGUCACAAUAAUAUAAUUGGUGUUUUAUCUCUGAAACCGAUUUUAUAGGGUUUUCCGUUGUUUUACGUAAAUACAUCUUUUCUCUAUAGGUAUAUUCUGCUAGAAAGACAUUAGACAGAGGCGGCAAAUGGAACUGCAGUAUCUUGAACCUAAUUUUUUAGGUCGUUAAUUUAUUUCUAAAUGUAUUUUUGGAAUGUGAUUCCUACAGUGAAAUUAUUAUUUUCUCAAGUCCUUUCAUAUAAUAAUUACCUAUCAGUUAUUUUAAUGGAUUUUUUUUUUUAGAUGUUAUAAAAUGAUAUAGCUAUAGGUGCAGUGUUGUACGUAUCUCGAUUCAUAUGGCUAUAUGGUGAAUGAUGGUGCGAAUAUUUUAGUUCAUUAGACAUAGGUGUACUACUGCAUAUUAUGUCUUCUCAUUAUAAUUCGUUGUUCUCGUUAAAUAUCUGCUUGUGGAUAAAAUAUAUACAAGGGAAAGUUAAAUCGUUAUGAGAGUCAAUAAAUAAUUAUAAUUAUUUAUAUAGUAGCGGAUAUAGGUACGUUUAAUUUUCGCGUAACAUCACACGCGUGGUUUGUUUGGUUCGUUUGAAUUGGUAAUCAUACUGGAUAGUAUAUUAUUUAUCACUAAUCGUUGUCGUUGUUUACGUCGCUGUUUUAAUACUUUUAUUGAACGAAAAUAUAAUUGCGGUUUGUAUUUAUUAGAUACACCAGUAUCCAAAGGUGGAUUGAGUCAAUAAUGCUGGGGUGCAGACAACUUUGAGGGCUCUUUCUAUUUUUGGAAACCUAAAAUUAUAUAUAUAUAUAUAUUUUAAUGUAUAGUUCAAUUUUCUCUAUACAAUUAUUUUUUCUACAAUAUUAAAAGAUUUAAAAGUAUAAUUUCGAUGUUAAAUUCGGAUUAAUAAAUGAAAAACAUUUUCAUAUUACGUAUUAUCUCAUUAAAAUAUAUGUGAUAGUGCAUAAUAAUAAAUGCAUAUUGUAAUUUUUUUUUAUAAUUUUUUCUAAUGUAAUUUUUCCGCUUUAUUUUCUGGUAUAAAUUGCUUAAGUGAAUGCAUUUUCAAAAUUUGAUUUUCUUGUAUACACAAACUAUGUACAAUUGAUUUAAGCUCUUCUUCCAUAGGGCUAAAGUUGUAUGGAAAGAAAUAUCUUACCACAUGAUACUUGAGUCAAGUGAAAAUGUUAAUAGCGAAUUGUUUCAUUAAUAAAUUAUCUGUAUUUGAUUAAAAGUAAUUUAAAUAUUUAAUCAUCAGCAGCCUUGUUUAUCGGUGAAAUAUAUUUAUAAUCGAGUGAAAAAUAUUCGUGUUUUUUUUUUAUAAUUCUUUGAUUUUUUGCCGUUUUAUUGUAUUAAAUAUAUUUUACUGGAUUGAAAAAUUAAUAUUUCACCGGAUUUUUUCGAAAAACAUACAAUGAUAUAGGUUUUCCUUCGACUGAGGUCAUAUUAUAUUAUUAUAGCCCAACGGAGAGGAGUAAAAAAUAUACUAUUUAUCAUGUACAGAGAUUUACAACUGUAUUGUAGUCGGCCUGCUGCAGUUAUCGGGUUACUCGAAGUAUUCGACGUACUUCGUUUUUAUACCUAUAUUCUUCUUGUGUACUCUCCUUCUUUGUAAUACCGAGAGCCGAGAUCUAUGGAAAAUAAAAAAAGAUCGAAACAGAAAAUCGAGAACGGCAAGAAUUCCCGCCUGCGAGACGUCAUCGGAUGUCGGGUUAUUUAUGAACUGAACGGACCGAGUAGGUAUAUAAUAUUAUUAUCUGUACGUAAAUUAAACAGACACUCCAGGGGCAUCCGAUUGCAAUAUAUUUUUCGUGUUAAGAAACGAUUAUCAAAAUCGCGGUAUGUCGGGUUGUUCGCAAGCAUUAUUCAAAGUCGUGUACCUACUCAUACAUUGAAGUAUUAGUAUUUGUUAUAUUCAUUCGGGGGUGCGUAAAAUAUUGGAAAAUAUUUUAUCGGAACCGUAUUUUUUCGGAAAAAUAUUUUAUAGGAACCGUAUUUUGUUGGAAACGUACUUUGUUAAAACUGUAUUUUGUUGGAAAAAGAAUUCGUCGGAUAGUAUUUUGUCGGAAAAUAUAUUGUCAGAAAAUAAUUUUUACACAAUGACGAUAACUUGCAGUCACGGAAUGCUUAUAAUGAAAUUAUAUUGAUCAGCUCCGACAAAAUACUUUCCGAUGAAUUUAUUUUUCCAACAAAAUACGGUUUCAAAAAAAAAUGUUAAACGAAUUAUUUUUCCAAAAAAAAUACGGUUUUGACAAAAUUUAGUUGCGAAAAAAUACUUUCCGACAAAUUAAAGUCCUCCUAUUCAUUCCACGUGCUUCGAAUGGAAAAUCUUCGUUUCGUUUGUAAUAUUAUUUUUAGAGUUCUGAUGUCAUUUCUUAUUAUUCUUAAGGCUCGUGUAUUUAUCUGUUCUUGUACUUCUCCCUACAGUAUUUCACCAUUAACUCUGCGGCGGCGGCAACGGCGACGACGAUCGAAUGCGGUUUCUUUUUUUAAUAUAUAUAUAUAUUGUUAGACGCGUCUGGCCGGCAAAAUAAUACACUGUACUACUAUUAGCGAUUGACAUUAACGGUCUUAAAUCAUAAUUUUUUUUUGCUCUUAGCUAUACAGCUAUAGCUUAUUCGAACCGAUUUGUCUUUUCGGGUGUCGACCCCCGUAGGUUUUUUUACACCCGGCUUAUUUUUUUCCCCCGUCACAGAGCGGUGGAUUCCACUUGUCUUCGAAAUUCACGACUGUCGCAGCGGUGUUGUUUUUGUUACAGAAACUACCCUCCACUCCUAUUUCUUCACGUCACCUCUUCAUUUGUAUUGUUCGAACCUUUAGUUUAUACCUUUCAUAUAUAUAUAUUAUUAUAUGCUCGGUGGACAAAAGGCGUUUAGAUCGCGAUAAACAAACGGUUCGCGGCCGGCAGUCCGCGGCGCUGAAAACAUAAUUGGGUUCAACGGAACGUCGUCGUCGCGGUAAAUCUUUAUUGAUGAGAAACAACAUAAAUCUUGUGUAGCGAUACAUUUUGCCACGAUACGUCUUGCGUACUCAAUAUAGUAUAUAGAUAUACCGACUUCAUCAAAAUAACACAUUGUAGAUAUGGGGUCGAUAAUGGGACGAAAUAUAAUUUAUAAUGUAUGAUUUCCCAAUUCAUUCGAAUUCACCUUUACUGUUUUUAUAAUCAAUCUAUACAAAAAUUGUAUUAUUAUUAUUAUUGAAUUUCCCUCAAAAAUAGAUAUUACUGUACUGUUGUAAUACAUAAUAUUAUAUAUCUUUUUCCGGCUACUUCAGGGAAUAAAAGUUGUUUGAAACAACGGAUUGAAACGAUAUAAUUUCGGUUGAAUUUCAAUAUAAAUUCAUCACAGUAUUGUUGCAAAAGGAGGGAUGUAUUUAUCAUUGAAUUAAAAUUUUGACGAAAAUAGUAAAAAUUACGUCAUAUAAAAACAUGGAGGUAUAAUCGAAUUUCGCUCAGAAUCGUAUUUUAUUAGUAAUGAUUUACUAUUGCGUACUGAUAUAAAUUAAAUAACUCUAUGGAUUCUACGUAUCCUACCUUGUUAACUACCCACCUACAAGACAAGCCAACAUAUUAGCAGUGUUACCUUAUAAAAAAAUAUUUGACUGCGAUAUAUUUAAUUUGAAUUAGAGAUUUUAAGUUAUUUUAUGGUAAUUCAUUAGUUACCAAACAUAUAAAACAAAAAAAAUGACUUAAAUUGUAUUGUAAAUAUUAUUGAACAUUAAUUAUGUUAAAAUAUAAAUUAUAGGAAACUAUUUUAAAGGUUUUUUUAGUAUUUAAUAUAUUACAUAUUAUGUAAGUACUUAUAAUUUAUUAUAAACAUUAAAAAUAUUAGAGCAAAUAAUUGCAUUCCUAAUUUUUCCUUUUAAUUUUUUUACAAUGGCAACAUAAUAAUUCAUAAUUUCUAUGCUUUCUAAUUAUAAUGGAUUUCUUUUACGAAUUUCGUUUAGUAUUCGUAAAUUUAGUAUUAUUGUAAUCUUAAACAGAAUUAUGCGUUUAUGAUGUUAAUUUGAAUUUUAUUAUUUCUCGAUAUAGGCAAUAUAUAUUUUAUUCAUUUAAAACCGAAAAAAUUAUAAUAUUUUGCUGCGAUUAAAUUUUAAACAUGUAGUGUAUAGUAAUAAUAAUUCAUUGUCAACGGAAUAAUAUUAACGAGCGUGAUUUUUAUGCCAAUCUCGUUGUGCCAUUCUCGUCAACGGUGUUUAUUUAUUUUACUUUUACCGUGUACUCUGUAAUAUAUGCCUGUGGUGUCUAGGUAAUCGAUUGUGCGUUCACAUAAUAUUAUAGUAUUAUUUGUAUAUUAUGUAUAGUAUUCCACUGUAGUAGUAAUUACCCCAUCUUUCCCAUUGACAUCAUGUUCAAUUAUUUCAAAUUCAUCAUUGCGAUAAUUGAAACAGAAAAACGAUUUUGAGUAGAUUAAUAUUAGUCGUAUUUUUUCUCAUUUUAACCAAGGUAAAAGAGACAUUAACCAUUAUAUUACCGAUGUAUUGUCAUUUUUUGUUCGUUUUUUAAAUUGUAUUUGUAUAGUAAAACUGUUAAGAAACUAAAAGUUAUUUUAAAAAUGAAGUAUCACCGAGUAAAAAUUCGCAUUUAUUUUUACGUACGACGCGAAUAAUUUAGUGCAUUUGUAUUUCCCUAAAAAAAUGUUCUCCAAGAGAAAAAAAAUUUAAAAAAAAUGACGCAGUGAGUGAAAUGUUAAAAAUAUUAAAUAGUUUUUUAAGUAUCGUAUCACUAGGUGAAAAUUUGACAUAUUUUAAAAUACUGCGUGAAAAAAUGUAAUCAUUUUACUUACUAAAAAAAUCAUAAAUACCCAAUUUUUGGAAAAUUUCGAAAAAUGUUCAAAUAAAGUAGCAUCUGUUAAAAAAUCCUUAUUUUUGAAGACAUGACAUGAAAAGGUUGGUUUAUUUUUACUAUCUUAAAAAGUGUUCUUUGUAAAACACACACACACACACACACUCACUUCUUAGUAAAACUAAUAGUUACAUCGCUUUACUCUGUAUCUAAAAUAUAUUUGAUAAAAUCCAAUUUUUAUUUGUGUAUUAUUGUUUGUUUUAUUUGUUCAACACAGUUCAGCGUUUGGUAGAUGUACUCGACUUGAGUCAAUAUCGAAUAUUUACAUAAUUAAUUUUUCAUAUAGUCAUCGUACUCGUAUAUUUGUAUAAUAUUCUGAUUUAUGAAUUACGUGCGUAUUUUAUAAUAUUGAAUGAGAAUAUUAUUAAAUAAAUACCUCGUGUUAUUUGUAUUUUGACAUUGUAACGAAAUCGUGACUAGCUCGAAUGUACAAAAUGUAUACUAUUAGUAAUGUCCGGAUUUAACAUUCGUAUACAAAUUACUUACUGUAUAUCGAGCAGAAAUACGUAUAUACAAAUGUACUACCUAUAUAAAUAGUAUAAGUUAUAGCCUCUUAAAAACUAAAAAUGAUUUACAAACGAUAACUUUAUUAUGUACCGUACACAAUCAUAAAUUAAAAAAAAAAGAAUUAAUAAAAAAAAAAAAUUUAAAAAACCGACUGCGGAGAAAACGAAAAAAAUGUAUAUUUGUUUUUGUUUCUAUAGAACUAAUAUGAAUUUGAAAAAUUAAAUGUCAUGGAACUAUAUUAAUAAAAUAUGAUAGAAAAUGUAAUCGCGGAUUGAUUAUACAGUGAUACCUAAGCUUGAAUGAUAACUUGCAGUCAGAGGCAUCAGUCCGUCUUUUCUUUCCACCACAUUUUUUUUUUCUAUCACAAUUUGUUUUUUUUUAUCAUAUUAUUUUUAUAUCUUUUUUAUUCACUUUCGUCACAGUCGUGUUUUUUGAAUUUUUUCGUUUGUACGCAGUUGGGUUUCUUUUUAUUAUUUUAGCCUCUAUUAAUUUGUUUAAGACGAUACCAAGGUUAGGGCUUAAGAUACGUUAGCGAUUAAUACGGAUUGAACUACACCUCAUUUAUUAAAUUAAGUUUUGCUGUUUGUGAUCUACGAGGUAAGAAUCACAUACGUACACAUUCACACAUACACAGAUUUUUACAAAACUCAUGGCCCUCCUUCGGCAGUCGGGUAAAAACGAUACGUACAAAGGUUUUAAUUUCGAGCAUUGUAUUGGAUGUACCAACGUAUAAAAUAUAUUACCUAAUUUAUGUUUAAGCUUUUUUUUUCCAAGCUUGAUAUUUAACAUACAAAAAAAAUACGCGUAUAAAAAGGUCAAAAUUGUCGUUUCUACAAUAACAAUUUGGCAAUUAUAUUCCGGUUGGUGUUGUGUAUACGAAAUUUGCACUGGAUCGUAUAUGUAGUGACGGGUAGCGCGGGUAAUGAGAUAUUUUGUCCUUUUUUAUUUCCCACUAAAGUCUCGUGAAAUCACGUACCUUUAUAGUGACACAUCUCGUACACAACCCUCGGGACUCGUCUCUCCUGGCGAUUACUAUACUUCUGUAUUACAGUAGUCUCGUGUAUUGGAAUUACUAGUUUUUAUGUUUCGCGUUCCCUCUUUAAUGUUUAAUAAUGUGCGCGUGGUGUUCCCGACUGGAAAACAAUUUAUACCCAGUCUCGUUCCCUUGUCGCGUCGUCCCGAUUUCACCUCGGGUUCUGUAAUAUAUGUAUAUAUGUAUACACACACACACUCACCCACACACACACAUUCAUACACAUUUACAUGAGUAUACAGUAAUUGUAUUCUGUUAUGUGAAUACGAAUUUCGUUUUAGAAGUGAAAUAGAAAAUACAAUCAGUUCCACAUACGGAUGACUUAUUUUUACAAAAUCUAAACAAAUCAUUACUAAUUCUGAAUUUGUAUUUGAUGUGCAUAAAAGUACGCCCAGUGCUCUUCCGAUACUUAUUUUGAAUUAUUAAACAUCUUAAACUCGUGUUAUAUGAGUUAGGUCAAGCGAUAAGGGGAUAAUUAUUGAUUUAGAUUUUAAGCUUUUAUAGUUUUACUCAACCAAUAUUGCAGUGGUUUUAUUCAUCUUAACGAUGAAACUUUUUGAUCAGCAAACAUUCUAAAAAAUUUGACUCAAGAUUUUUUUUAUAAUUGAUAAAUAUUGAAUAUUUAAUAUUUGAAAGAAUGCGAUACUUUUCAAAUUUCUCAAUAAUUUUAUUUUUGGGUUGAUCUUACAGAUAAUUUUUAAAAUUUGAAUUUUAAAUUUUCUUCAAUUGCGUAUUAUUAAGAUUUAUAUUUUAUUGUGUUCGUUUUUAAAUCAUUCUGAUUAAAGCGAAUUAACUAUUAAUGUUACUAGAUGUUUUGUUUUUUAGGAUUCUACUCGUACGUUAAGAACACAUGGUUACUGUCGUUGACUAUUCGUAAUAUUAUUAUUAGUAGUAGUAGUAAUUGAGAUAAUAGGUACCUAAAAACAAUCACAUUAAGAAUUUUAAAAAAAAAAAACAUAAGCAUAGUGUACUAGGUUACAAAGUUCUUUAAAAAUUUUGCGUGGAAUUAUACUUCAUUGUUUAAAAAAAUACGAUAAGUAAACGGGAAUGUUGCACGUUCUUUGAGUGAGCUUUCCUAUUACGUAUUUCUUUUUACGUUUUUGUCGGAGAAAAAUAAUGUUGGUUUGAGACAGUAAAGUCGCGUACAAAAUUUCUUUUAACAUUUUUUAAAUUUUUUUCCUAAGAUACGUUAACACGAAACGUGAACUCAAUUAUACAGAUACAGUUAAACUUCCGUUACAGUCACCUCUAAAAGACGAUCAUCUCUGUGAAACGGUUUUCUUUUGGAUAUGUCAAGUGUUAUGCUUCCAUAGGAAACCUCUAAAGGACUGUCAUCUCUAAAUAGCGGUCAUUAUUUCUGGUCCUUUCGUUGACCGUUUUAUGGAAGUUUUACUGUAGUAUAUUUUGAAUAUUUCAAAAUGAAUUUCGGUGUCAUAAAUAAAUCAUACAUGUCGAGUGAAAUUAUAUUUUGUAUAUUAGAUAGGUGUAUACCUCAUACUAUAAAGAUUUAUAUUCGCUUUGUUAUAAAAAUAAUUAAUGUAUUCUUUGGGAUAAAAAAAAAAAAAUGGCGGAUACAGCCUUCAUUUCAAAUCAGGAUGUCUUUAUUAACAUAUAAUAUAAUAUGAAAUAGAUAUCCGGGCCCGAAUUGUAUAUUUUAGUAUUCAUAUAGUUUUAUAGUUUUUUUUUAUUGUUCCACUUGAAAAUACACGAAUACUAUUAUAUUUUAUACUUGAGUAUUGUAUUAUUAUAUUAUUUCAAACAAUUAAACUAUAUUCUAUAUAAUGUGUAUAUUUAAAAAAAAUACGAAUAAAUAAUAAUACCAUGACAUGAUUUUUAUGUUUAAAAAUACAUUCGUUAAUAUACAUAUAUAAUUAUUUAAUUACGAUAAUCUUACAUUAUUAUGUUCUCAUUAUUUUCCUCGAAUAAUAAUCCGUUAUAUUUUUAGAUUUUGAAUGUAGCGAAGAAGCUAUUCGUUUUUACUUAGAGGUGUAAUUUUUAUUUUCGAAAAAGACUUUCGGUUAAUAACUAUGCUUAAUUGAUUUCAUGUUAGAUAUAAAAAAAUUCUAAUUUUUCACCUAAUAGCAUUUUACAUUAUGAAUUUUUUGAACUUUCUAAAACUUUUCCCGAAAAAUUGGUUUUUAUUUCAUUGAAAGCACAUUAAAUGAAAAUGCUUUAACUUUUUCACUUAGUACCUCGUGAUGUGCAAUUUCUUCCCAUUGAUACUUAACUUGAAUUUUUAGCAGGUCCUUUUUGUAUUUAUAUUUAUUUUUUAUUUCUGGAUACCCCAACAAAAGAAAAAUAUGUCUAAUAUUACAUCGCUUUGUAGAAUUGUUUUUCGCUUACAAUGAUUUAUCGUUAUAUAUAGUAUAUAAUCUAAAUUACCAUGUAUAUCCUGUGAGUAGUUCUUUUGUGCAGUAAGACAUUUUCAGUAUAGCGGAGAAGGUACUAAAACCAGUGUUUUACUAUAAGAUGUUUUGUUUAUCGGAAAACAUAUUUUCGACGAAUGAAAUUGAUCCAAAUUAUUCAGGUUGUAUCUAAAAAGUUGUGGAUUUUUACCUGUACUCUAUACGCUCAUAAAUAUAUAACUUCACUUGUAAUAUUUUAUUUGUCUAGAUGUACGAUAUAUAUUAUAUAAUUUACGAAGUCAAAAAGAAUUACUGUAUUAUUUUAAAUGAAAAAAAAAUUCGGCCCUGACAACUUUUAAAUAUUUAAAAAUACAAUAUUUUAUUUUAGAUAUUGAUAACAUGUUGUUACCUAAUGUGUAUUUUGUACAAUACAUGCAAUAAUAUUAAUAUAUUGUGAAAUAGGCACAUUUUCGAAUUCGAUUUAUAUAGCUAACCAUCGUAAAAGUUGAGAAUAAUAAACUAAUAAAACGUUAUGUUCGUUCAAAACGUCAAAUGUUUUGGGUGAAGAGACUAGACGUUUGGGUUACCUGAUGUAUACUCUUUUAUGUGACAAAGAGCAAAAAAAAAAAAAGGUCAACUAUACGCCAGUUUUAACAUCACGCCGACGACGUGUCCGAUCAUAAAUAUUUUACUAGGGGUGAUUCAAAUUAGGGACUUUAUUUUUAUCCAUCGUACUCGUUGAUAUAUAUGUGCGGACAUAAUGCUCGUUUGGGAGGUCUUUGAUCGUCGCGGUACCAAACCGCAUUUCUACUGCCUUUUUCAUGUUGUAUUUCGCCGCCGCCACCUCCGCCACUUUAUAAUGGUAGUAUUGUAUACUGCAGUGUGUAUUCGAAAACCGAGAACCCCGUAUAAUAUAUCGUCAGUGGUUUUUUUCCCCUCUCGCGUUUAGAGACGCUCCGAUGACAUUAUAUUAUAAUAUAUUGUAAUACUUAUUACAUUAGUAACACAAUAACACUAAAAUGUACUCACUCAUAUAUAUUUGAUUUUUUUUUUUUUGUUGCAGGUAUGUACCUACAAUAUAUAGAGUAUAAUUUUCGAAUUCAAAAGAUCUUUUAGAAUCGUAAAAACGUG